GGUUCUGGAGGUGGAAGCAGUCUCAGCCUCAGUCAGCCGCCGGCGCCGCCUCCUCUCCUCACCGCUCCGCUCCGCCGCGGAGGACAGAGGACAGACUCACAGCUGCACGGGGACAGAGGAAGGUAGGUCCACCACGAGCCCGGAAACACUGUCUGCUCUUACUUUUUGGUGCACUUUUCUAAAGGGAGUCUGUCUUGACACAUGAUGCUGGCAGGAGGCUGUUCACAACUUCAGUAGGCUCUCUGGAUCAGGACUAUUUCUGCAAGUUUAGAUGGUUGCCCUCGUUAGCUGCAGCCUCGCGCAGGUUAAUGCACUUCUAAGGAGUGAGUGUUGACCAUGGUGAAGACUUCCCUUCAGUCUGUCUCUGGGUUUAGCUGACCCUACAGGGCUCUUAGUCAUGGCUGGGAUCUCCUUGGACCAGUGACAAGGCAGUCAGUGUGUGUGUGUUUGUGAUUGUGUGUGUGUGUGAGUUUGUGUGUGUGUGAGGGGAGAUGAUGUGGCCGACAGCAGAUAUCAGGUCGAGAAGUGAAGGGUGGCAUUGUGUUGUUCACCGACGGGUGGAGCAACCUGCAGCUCCCCACUGAUGGAGGAGGAGGAGGAGAAAUGUGUCACAUCUUGUAGGCAUUAAUACCACCUCCAUAGUAUCAGAGCUUAGCCUACUUAAACAUACACAGCUGUUACACAGAUUAUGUAAUUAGCAGCAGGUCCUGUUUGCACAAGCAGGGAAAUCUGAGGUCCUUCAUUGAACAGCAGAGAUGAUGAAUGACUGAAGGGAUCAGCUGAUUUGCAGAAAUGUUACAUGUCUUUAGUACAUGUCUGGCUGUCAGGACAUAAUACAAAAAGUAGGAUUUUACUUGGCCUUUUUCCUCGCGGACAGACAUUUGUUUGAGGAUGUAGAAAUGCAUAAUUUGAUCAUUGCAACAGGUCAGACUGUAAUAUCAAAGUAGGGCUCACAAUAUGUUCUUUUUUUUUCACAAUAUAAAAAAUGAAAUUUAACAGCGCUUAUUGGUAGCAUGUCUUUUGCAACAGAAUAAGCUACUUCAUCUGUAAGGUCUUUGUAGUAAGUCGUUGCGCUAGAGAAAGUGGACUGAAUGGUCAGCUGUUUCAGCUGCACAGGCGCCAUGGGCUCCUUGCUCUGCUCCGGGGUUUGUCGCUUUUUGCAUUGUGCAUGCUCUGCCUUGUGACACAGCUUCAGGUGGUGAAAAAGAUCUGAGGUAUUCCCUGACUUUGCGAGAACAUGUACUCGACAUAAUUUGCAGUGCACAUAACUCUGCUUCAUGUCCGACCUAAAAAAACUAAAACACUUCCACACCACAGACGUUUGUAGCCUGCUACUACGCAGUUGUUUGCUUCUUGGUUCUAAUUCAGCACGUGAUUGGUUCAGCAUGAAGCGGACCCAGAGCAACUCCCCUUUUCAUUGGCUAUUCGUAUAGUCUACCAAAACAUGGCAGGAUGUUGACUAUCAAAAACCGUAUAUCGUUAUCGUUUUAUCGCCCAGCCCUAUAGCAAAGUAUGAGAAAUAAAUGACAAAAUUGAACACAAUAUACUUAACAUAGUGGGAUCAGGGGUCAUCAUAUUGGUUGCAGAGUAUGGUUAAUAUUAACCGAGCUAACAUCACCAGUCUGGAGUCCUCCUAACUGGUUGACGUCCACAUGCCUGCGCUGGUUACACAUGUGUCAGGUCAAGAAGUUAUAAGCACAGCCUACAACUCUGUCUCCUUCUGCUAGAUGAAAAAACCGCCAAACUGCUCCACACUAGGAGAUGCCAUCUGUAAUCUGUGCUUCUUUACAUACAGGUAGUACAGCACUAAAGAUACAACUCCAGCCAGCUACAAGUAGUUACGCAAGAACUUCGAAGGAAAUUCUUUAAACUUUAUUCAGAACAGGAGAACUUAAUUAAACUAAUAAGUAAGUGCUUAACAACUUAUAAUGUGACACCUUCUACACAAUAACAUCAAUAUAAUGAAUGAAUGUCCUUUUUUGUAUCAGGUUAAAAGAUGGGUUAAAAGCAGGUUUGGCUUGAUAGAAUAUAUUAAAGGGAAUAUGAACUGUCUGUAACAACUCAUUUACAGCGGUCCCGACAUUAUUUAAGAAUUUCCUAGCUAGAAAAUGCCGGACAUGCAUGCAUCAGAAGUUUUUUGUUUUACAUUGUUUUUUUUUUUGUGACAUUCAGUCGAUCAAACUGCAGAAAAGAAUAUGAAGAAGAAGAAGACAGAGAAAACCUUCCACCAUCUGUGCUCUGUUUCCAGUGCUGCUGCUGCUGCUGCUGGCUGACUCACUUCAUGUCGAGUCAGCUCUCUCUCUCUCUCUCUCUCUCUCUCUCUCUCUCUCUCUCUCUCUCUCUCUCUCUCACUAAAUAUUGUUUCAGACUCAAGAGGCACAUUUUCAGAGCGAGGGGAGCACAUCCGAGGUUCUACGGCCUGUUUAUGUUCCCACUUUUCAUCUGCACUCUGUUUAUUUGGGGGAAAUUGAGAAAGGAAUGCCUGCCUCUUUCUCUUUCUGUCUUUCUAGCAGACAGAGAGUAUUAGAGUUUAGUCUGAGAAGUAUCCCCCACUUCUUUGGAUUAUUAUGAUCACCUGUUCAGGGUUUCAUGUGGAGUCUUUGGUGAAUCUGGACUUUGAUAUAUAUAUUUUUUCCACUGAAGGAGUAAUUGCUGCUGAGAAAGUCUGAAAACGCUGCGUCUGACUAGUGACAUUAGUCUUAUGGGCUAUUUGAUCCCACAGCCUCAUGGUCUUAUUAGAAAAGAGAAGCGGCAGCACCGGUUUAAUGAAAUAAUAAACUGAACUUAAAGCUGAUUCAUGAGCUACACUCUGAUCAAAGUGGAAGCAGUGUGUUUGUGUGUACUGUAUGUGUGUGUGAGUGUGUAAAAGAGAGAAAAAAGAGAAAGAGUGGGGGAGUGCUAGACUUGAAGCUAAGCUGAGGGACACUUAGCAUCUGUUCGCUCCACACAGACUUUACUUUGAGCCGGUCAUAUGGCUUUGAUUAGUGUGCUAGUUUUCGGAUAGCUCCAUUCUCCCUGGCAAUACUUAAAGACAAGGACAGCAUAGUUAGCUACAGACACAAAAAACUUACAGUACAUCCCUUAUACCACAUGAAAAAAAGCACCAGUCAGUGCUCACAAGUUAAUGACAAGAUUAAAAAAUAAUGUGUCUCGAGGAUUCUCAGUCUGCUGGCUUGAUUAUGCUACAGAUUUGGCCCGCAUUUAAAUUCCCACCUAAUUAUCCUGUUCUCUCUCUUGUUAACAACGACCUCUUUCUUCUCCCCUCAUUCUUUUCUCUUUUUGUAAAUCGUGAUUGCGUUUCAGAUAGGUUGGCCUGUCUACUGGAGCUCAGACCACUUUCCCCCUUGGCCGUGAUUAUGGCUGUAUAUGCUCGAUAUUCGCAGCGUAAUCCAAGCAAAACACUGAGUCAAGAGUCGGCGUAUGUGCUCACUUGGCUAGCUGACAGACAUACGCUUUUUAUUUCGCCAAAGUGAUACAGCCCAGAGGGAUGGUUUUGCACAACAGACCGCGGAAGAUGUACGACACCAUCACCUCUGAGCGACAGCUCUCUCUUAAUUGAGCUGUAUUUCUGCACGGUUUAUAAUGAAGUGAUAAUUUACUAAGAAGGCAAUGCAUGCAUGUUGGUGUGAGGGCCUGGCAGCCUGACUACAAAUCUUCUUUUAAACAGCUCUACUUAAAAAGCAUCCAGGGAUAGCACCGGUGGGGGUCUAGUUUCUCCCUCCUUCUCUUGUUAAAAUAAACAAGGGGAGAGUUAGUGGUAAUGAAAAGCACUUGAUAUCAAGCUGCAAGUUUAAUAACCCCACAAUAAAUCGAGAGCGAGAAUAGAAGAAGUAAUGAAAAUGGAGGGGAGUUUGGCCUGUGCAGGAAAUGACUGGGAGAAAGCCUGAGGGAGGGGAAGAGAGAAGGACUUUCAGUUGUUCCACGUAUGAGGGAAGCUGCAACAGUACAAAGACCCCUCAGUGUUUUUAAGCAAGCUCUCCUUUUACUGUACCUUCCCUUUGCUGUUCAGAAUGAACUGAGAGGCACAUUAGGGUUUCCUUUCACAUCAUUCCUUCACACUCAGUUUCAGGGUAUUAACACUCAAGAAUGGCUCUCCCAGCUGGCUCAAACAGCUUACACUCCGCUGUCUCUUUUUCAUUCCCCUUGGGCUUUGCUCUUGUUUUUUUUAACUCCUUUUUUUCCAGGAGGCAACUUGUUCCCCCUUGCUCUCGUCACCAAAAGGUUUCCCAUCUGCUUCCGAUUACCUUUGGCUGCAGUUGGUUAGCCGCCAGCCAUCUGGGCCAGUGUGGCGUCUCCACUCACUCUUCUCUUUCCCCAGACGGCACUGAGGGAGGGAUGGAUGGGAGGGGACUGAAGGGAGGGAGGCUGGGACUAGAGUGAAUUGGGUGGGCAGACUUUUACUAGAGAACAGCAAAGGUUUGGUUUUUAGCUGACGCUGCAAUCCAUAGCUAGGAAAGUCAAGUCAAAGAGUGGGGCACACUUGUAAAUUUGAUCCGGCCAUCUGAGGAAGUUAUUUUCCAGCUUCCUCUAUAUUGGUCUAUGAGUAAAUAUAAUAAACAUAAAAGGAAGUGCUCCACCAAAAUGGAAUCUGGGGUUUAUAUUUUACAAGUUACAGCGAAAUUAGCCAAGUCGACCCAAAGAUUCAAUCUUUGAUGUCUGUCAGGCUUGACCACGACCUUAACUAAUCAUGACUGUAGUGACUAUGGCGACCUGAAUUUUAGUCACUGUCUGGGUGCGGGAGUGAGGUGUUUUUGACACGCUUAAAGUACAAUCCAAUGUCCAAUCCAAGGUUGUUGUUGAGUUAUAUUUUGCCAUUUAUUGAUUAAAUAAAAAACAAACAAAAGAAGGCAGAUGUGUCCAACUUACAACAAUGGUGAUAUACGUGAUGAGGGUGAGAGUGGUGUCGGAGAUUAGCGGUAAAAACCGUCUGCUCUUCCCAUUCCCCAGAUCACUGCUUCACCUGUGUCUCUUUUGUAGCAUUUACCUGCCCAUUCACCCGAAGUGCCCCUUGUGGUGAUUGUGCGAGUAGCAAAACAAAACCCAAAAAAUGAUAUAGAUAAAAUGGCGCAUACAAUGACUGAUCAUUAGGUGUGACUAAACAAGCUUCAGUUUAUAUUCAACAGUUAAUAAACAUAAUUUCCAUGUUAUUUCUGGUAUUAAGAAACAUGAAUUAAAAUCUGCCAGUAGAGACAAUAUUGAAUUUCUUUGGCAUUGUUCAGCGAUACGUAGAUGAUAUAUGAUUGUAUGGUUAAAUAAGGUCAGUUCUCUUCGGUGUAAUGCGUUACGUCUUACUUUCCUGAAAAGUGUGUUUGGAUUUCUUUCAUACAGUCUGAUCAAACAUGAAGAUACAUGCCUCUUCUUCAGGGACCAGAUGAUAAAUUAGCUCAUUCCUGUUUCAUUGAACAAAGAAAUUUGAAACGUUUUUGGUCACAAGAUGCAAGACAGUUGGACAGUUGUAUUUUUUAAGAGUUUAUAUUGUAAGCACAAUAAUAUUAUGCCAUAAAUAACAGAUUGGACCGCUGCUUUAAUGAUUAUUUCUUUGACUUCUUGGUCAUUGUUUGCACUGACUUCCAGGGCACCCAUAAAGGAACCAUGAAUGAACAAAGGCAAAUAAUGUUGGUGACUCAAAGUAGUUGAGGCUGGUUUUCAUCUGAAACUGGUUCCCGAUCUCCGUCCCUAGUUUAGGAUCUUCAUGCAGGCAAAGAAUUCAUGAAAACCUUGAGAUACUCUUUAAAUGUUUAAAAAGUCAUUAUUGUCACAGCAUGGUGAUGUUUAAACCUAAAGUUAACGGUAAGGAUUUGUUUGAGGCAUUUUAAAAGGAUUUUGAGGGGUUUUGGUUUAAUUGACAAUCAUUUAAUGUCAACUUUCUAAUAUUAGAAUCGGCCACGUACAAUUAUUUAAAGGAUCUGAGGCUCCAGGAAACCAGUAUCAAUUAGGCUAUGAUAAUUACAGCGCUUUGUCCCUGAAUGGUUUGAAUGUAAACAAGCUUCAUAUAGGGAGUCAUACCACCCGUCCACUAGCCAGGACGACAGCCAAUUAGUAAGCUGUACAGUCAGGCAGCCUGCCAGCAAAUCACUCAGCCAUACAACCAGCCACCUCAGUCAGCCAGCGUAGCAGUGAUGGCAUCCUGCUGCUCCUCUCAAAUUGGCUCAUUUUACCCCCAGAGCCUCUGACAUAAUACCCACUUCAAGCCCUGUUUGGGCAUUAAGUGAAGCUUUUUACAACAUCAAUGGCUUCCUUUGUGUUUGAACUCUUUCCGGUGGGCAGGCAGCUUGAAGCCCAGGGGCCUCAGGGGCCCUGGGUUGGGACCUACUGUUGUCCAUGGUCAUCAGAGUGAAAGACAGGGUGUUUGCCCUUCCCCAAAGCCAAGAUUGAUUAGCUGAAAGAACAAAGCAGGACUGGGCGGACCUUCAUGGGAUGCUUAAAGUGCACUUGGUAGAUUUUUCUUGUUAGACCGGGGGACUGCAUGGGUCAAUGGGAUCUCAUGCUCUCUCUCUCUCUCUCUCAUCGUGACUGUGUUUUACUUGUUCCACCCUCCUUUUUGAGCCUAAAUCUGUCUCUCCCCUCCCUUUUCACUCCCUUUCCUGGCCUUCCUCUUCCUCGCUGAAUGAUUUCUCUUUAACAGGGCCAAAGAGAGUGGAGUCUCAACCCACCGCUGCUGCUGCUGAGCCCUUUAGGGAGAUCCAUCCAGGCCUUUUUUCUUACCUCUGUGUGGACUAGUCCCGGACUCGUCAACACUUGCUGAUCAACACACACCUAAGGCUGCUAUGUCUGUCUGAAGUCACAGAUCUUCCUGUAGCCAUGGCCCAACAGAGUGCUGAGCUGUCCCAUUGCUAGGCGACGGGGCAUCAGAGAGGACAGAAGACAUGUUGGGACAGACGCCCGGGGACCACUGCACUGAGUUCUGUUACUAUAGCAAAUACUGUAGUAACCAUGGAAAUGCUGUGGAGGACUGGUCUGUUCUGCAGUGUCGUCAUCGUCAUGGUUGCUACAGGGGUCGCAGGAGGUCACAGAGAUGAGUUUGCAGAGUCACAAGGUGAGAGGGGAGAUUACGACAGAAGUGCUCCCUGUAAACUGAACCAAUAACAUAAAUCAUGAUAGAGCAGAGUUGUUGGGCAAAUAUCUUGGCAUGUCAAAUAGGAUGGUAUUAAAAUUUGUUUGGCUACAUCUGGAGCCAUCUCAAAAUCCUUCCCUACAUCUGUAUUCACGUACGCACAAACCCUUUAAAGUCGGUAGUUUGGGUAGACAUCAAUGUAAUCAAUAAUAAUAACAGUGAACAGUAUUCUUGUAGGUCUUUAUAAAUAGCAGAAAAACAUUAUUAUUUAUUGCCUGUGAUCCUGGCUCUGUAAUGUGGUUAACUCUAAUUAUUUUCAGUCUCUGAGAACAAGAGGACUUGAAUAUAUUAAACAGUCCAGGCUCCCAGAGUGAAGUCUGUUUUUCAUUUCAGUAAAACGAAACAACCACGUCAAGCCUAGAGAUGUUCAGGAAAUCUUUCCAAUUACCCCCUUUUUCAUGCAAUUUGUAAGUGAUUUAUGCUAUUCUGCAAUGUUGAGAAUGAAAAAUGUUUUUUUAAUGAAAAAAAAAAUAUUUGCUUGAGAUAAAUUUGAUGCAACACCUGAAGAAACGUUCCCCAACCAAUUAUACUAAUGUGCAACAUGACUGAGUCUAAAGAGAGAGGCUCUCAGAAGUAAAGAUGGAAAGAAGUUCACCCCUCUGAGAGAACAGAUGAGGAAAUAGUUUAGCAAUUUCAGAAUAGUGCUCCAGAGAAUACAAAUUUGUAGAUUUCAUCAUCUACCGUACAAAGAGUCUACAAAAAACUCUCUCUAAAAAGGACAACACCAAUAACUCAUACUGCUUACCUGUGAUCUUUUUGCCCUUUAAUGGCAAUGCAUUCAAAACAGACUCCAAAAAUGUCCAAAGACAUGUAGACAUGAUCUAGAAAUGAAAGCUACUUCUCAGAGUAAAGCACAUUUCACUUUGACUAAAAUAAAAUGUCCUAGAGUCUAUAAUAUCCUAAAACUGACAUUCUCCUUGGAAAUCAUGGGUGUUGCAUUCUCUGCAACACUCAGGCCUGUUAUUGGUGCAUGGCUCAAAAGCUAGCAUCCCUGAUGCUCAGAAGAUGCAUAAGUGUCCAUGGCAUGGUUGGUUCACACAUCUGGGAAGGCACCAUUUUUAAUCAAGUUUAGGGUUUCAAUGAUUUGCCAACUAUCAUAUUCAAUUUUAACAUUUUAAACAAUAUCCCACUUUCUAUGGAUUUUAAGUUGUACCGACUGUGUGUUUAUUAAACACUGUGUGAAAUGAGUUUCUCAGGCUCACUUUCAGCCUGCAGGUCUGAACGGCUGAACUUGAACCAGGCUUCCACACAAAUCAUGUUGCGUAGCCACCGCCAUGUGCCCACCCCCCCAAACCUCUCACCCCAGAGUCCUUCUGCUUCUCUCACAUUCACUGAAGCUAAGGAACUAAAAUCCCCCCUGAAGGCAAAGACAUAAAAUCCUAAAGAGUCCGUGUCUCCUCACCCAGAAAAAGGCUGUGACUGUCAAUUUCCUAAACUUAACCUCUGACCCCUCACAGCCAUCCAUCUCUAAAAGUCAACCAUGCUGCUUCUUCCAAAUAAGUCACCCAUGAACCCUCACGCUGCCUAAUUUUGCACGGGUUUGAUCUGUAAGACUACUUCAGUUAGAUGAGGAUUUCCAUUCACUUUUCCCACCACACUAAGUUGAUCAAUACUGAAGUUUUCCUUCCACAGUUUCAUUCGUUCCCACAGCAGACAGAUGUUUUUCAACUAGUAGCUUCACUAAACACCACCUUUACCACAGCAGACAGCAGACAGAAAGAAGUUGUCAGUAGCUAUCCUUAAAGUGAGGCAAGUCUGAGACGGACUUAAGUAGAGAAAGAGAGAAGCGGAAAACGUGUGAGUGAGGUCGUUGUUUUGAUAAGGUCUUAUUUGGAGCUGUAGUAAGUGUGAAAUUCCACCACUUUCCUCUCCAAGGAUAAACAAAAUAAUCACGGCUUCUUCCUGUCUUGUAGUUCUUAUUUCAAACGAUGCUGAUCAACCUUUUGCCUGAGGUACAAUGAAGGUGUGUCGGAGAUAAAGGGAGGGACAGUUUUCCAUCUAGAGUACUUCCUUCCACUAUUUUCAUUUGGUGAUAACAGAAACCAGGAUAAUGCCCUGCUUAAGGGCGGAGGCCUGUAAUUAUCAGCACAGGAGUUUGUGUUUUUGAGGAGUGUCCGCUGUUAAAAUUAACGCUGUCAUUAACUCUAUCAGAUUAUCCUUUCAGGGGUGCAAAAACACAUACUCAUCUGUCAUUGUGCUUGAUGACAGUGAAAUGAUUGAAUUAUGACAGCUUUGAUGUUUUAUAAUAAUGGUAGAGGCCAGUAAAGAUGUGCUUGAUGAUUCUGUUGUGUUCCAGCAAAAUGUAUGAGUCUCCAGCUUAUAGUGAUUUUACCAACAUCAUAAAUCUCAUCUCAUCUUCUGUGAACAUACAUGGUCACAAGUACCUCAUACAACCCCAAUAAUCUCCUCAAAGCCUGUUUCUUUGUUUCUCCUGUGGGGUUUUCUGUGGUAGUAUUUGGAAAACCUGUGGAGAAGUAGCUUCAGAUAGUUCAAAAAAAAAAUCCCUUCCUCUUCAACUUCCUCAUUUGUUUUAUGGCUUUCAUUAGUGCAUGGUUUAUUCUGUGUGAGGUCUCAUUAAUAUCGUCCUUGGAGGUGGGUUUUAUCUACUUUUCUAUCACCCUCCCUUGUAAAUCUCUGCAGGAGUUUUUCCUGUGUUUCAAAGGUAAUUGCGAUACCACCUACCCGAUUACUUGUGGUGGUUUUAGAGACCAGGAUGGAUCGCUGGGGAGCAGUGGGAAACUGCUCCGAGCUCUCAUGGAGAGGGUUUUACUUUUGGAACGUGUUUUUGGAACAAUAUUUUAUGAUUUUGGUGCUGCUGAUCAAGAAGACCAGUCUUUAAAGCUCCUAUGAGGAGUUUUUUAACAUUUAUGAAAUACGCUGAAACUCAUAUCUUUGCCAUUUUAUGAUGUCCAAAAGCAAACAUGACCAUCUGCACCAAGGCUUAAGAUUUUUACAGUCUAGUUUUUAAAUAAUAAAGUUGAAUAAGUUUUCUGUCUUCAGUUUUAGUUUGAAACAAGAUGGGUUUAAACUCUUACUUAACUAAUGCUUUACUUUAUUAAGUUAGCUGUUUGAUAACUGCAACUUUCUUGGGCUAUAGUUGAUGUUAAAACCCAGAUUGAAGAUUAAAUUCAGACAGUGUCAAGGUCAUUUUUUGUAGUCUGUAAAUAACAAAGCCCAACCAAUAAGUUUUUUGCUUUCAAUAAGUUAUUUGUGAGCCCAGUUUAGCUGUCCGUAGACUGGGUUAACUAAAGAAGUUAGUCUCUAUAUUUAAAAGAGAGAACCAGGUCCACAAUACUAGAAGUAUUUUAAGGUCUUUAAUAGGGUGACCAUACGUCCUCUUAUGCCCAAACAUGUCCUCUAUUUGGGGGGCUGUCCGGGCAUGUCCGGCUUUGUCUGUGGAAGUUUUUAAAAUCCUUCAAAUGUCCACAGUUUUGUACGAGAGUUUAGAUUUUGUGUCACAUGGACUUACUGAGUGCGCUUAAAAACACUUGAUCCAACCCGAAAAACUCCCAAAAUUAACUUCGUGCGACUCCGUGACUCCACCCCUGUGAAGUCGUGUCCUCUUUUUGGGAAGUGAGAAUAUGGUCACCCUAUCUUUACGGUCUUUUUCUCUGGGACCACAAUUUAAAGACCUUUGUCACAAACAACAAGACUGUCUAAUGAUUGCCGAAGACCAUAUUUGUAGUGUCUUAAAGCAUGUUUAAUGAGUAACACAACUAUUUUAGUGUAACACAAACGUCUUUAGUGUCUAACUUAAGAUCUAGAUAUGCUGCCCCAUAGUUGCAGUCCCAAAUCUGAAGCUGACAGGUAGCACUAUGAGAAAGCUGCAUGUUGCCAGUUUAUGAGGGAACAGUGAGGAGGUGUGCAGGUUGGUGGAAGCAGAUAACACCCCUAGACACAAAGGGGGUAUAUGAUUUUUUAUUACAGGGGUGUUGAAGGUAAAACUAAGUGCAGUAAGGUAUGAAGCCAGUACCUCUUAUUUGCUGCUUUUUUCCAUUUAACCACUGUACUAGCUCAGUCAGUGUUUUUCCUCACGCGAUUUUCAUGGUUUCACCAUCAUUUCAUGGAAACCUAUGAAGACUAUUCUGCCUGCGGGAAUCUUCACGGGUGGUGUUUUGCUACACAGUGACAGAGGAAAAUUAAACAUAAAAUUAUAAUGAAAAAAAUGCUGACUCGUCCAUCAUCAUUGAAAGGAGAACAAAGACUGACCAAUUUUGGUUCUCAUGACUAAAACCACUUGAAUGGCGGACAUAUUUUGCACAUAACCUCCCAUGUCAAAAAUACAGUACAACCUCAUGAGUUCCAUGUGAAGGCAGCAUUUAAAAUUGUCCCCUCUGUUUAUUCAAGCCAGACCUAUCCACUGUUUAUGGAGUUUUUUUUUCUUGGUACAGAGCUCUCCAAGUCUGUACCAAGGACCUCUGAUCUCUGGGUAUUUACUCUGUGUGGGAAGGGGGCUGCUUCUCCACCAGCUGGGGCCAAAGGUUUGAUGAAAACUUGGAUCAUUUGCUGGUGACCUUUCCCCGUUAGUUAGCUGACGUUAGCUGUUUGGAGCUGUGUGUGUUUGGACAAUAAAUCUCCACCAGUCCCCGGCACAGACUGGGACAGACAGGAAGUAUACAGUUUCAGAGUAACCACGGCAACUUCCCUUUGGCCUCGUGGAGGGGGGCGCUCGUAGUGAAGGGAUCUUGUCAGUAAGUGGCCAAAAAAGGCUUUCAGAGUUUUUUUUCCUGCCAACUGGGCCUCUCUCAAUAAAAAGCCCAAAGCUUUAUUGUGAAUAAGCAACGUCCAAAGCCUCAAAUGUUUUUAAUUUGAGUAAAUUAGAUUUAACUGAGUUUUGGCUUGAAUAAGUUAAAUUCUGAUCUUGGUUUGUGCCUUCUCUAUUUCGCUCCCUCUAGCUGCCUUUCUGACCAGCCUUGGCCAGUAUGAGAUUGCAAUCCCAGUACGUGUUGGACCAAAUGGAGAAACGCUGGAUGCAGAAACGCACCAACACAAUAAAAGAAGAAGACGUAGCAUUGAAGACAGACUGCCUGACUCUGUAUAAACAUUUGAUUUCUCUUUCUUUUUCAGUCUGUUUCAGUCCGUCUCACAUUUAUACAUAUCUUUGAAUCAAAUCACCCUCCACAAAACCUUUUAUUUAUAAUCUGAACUUCUGUUUGCCGCCUCUCAGCUCUUCUACCAGCUGUCCACAUCACGAAACAACUUCCUGCUGAACCUGACUCUGCAGGGAGGCCUCCUGUCUCGGCAGUUCAGGGUGGAGUACUGGAAGAGAGGAAGAUUAGCCUGGAGUCAUCCCUAUUCCCCCCACUGCCAUUAUGUAGGACACCUCCAAGACCAGCCUACCUCCAGCAAAGUGGCCUUGAGCAACUGUAAUGGCCUGGUAAGACCGAAACCUGCACACCUAAUCCACAUGUAAUUCGCUAAGCAAGGUCAGCAGAAGCGGAGCUGGCUCAGCAAAUAAGGGAUCUGUAAUGUUUGAUUCAGACUUCAAAGCGUGAAAUUUUAACAGACCUUGAGCGCUGAAGCCGGCUUUAAUCUCCAUCCAAAACCAACCAGUGUGGUCCUCAGGGACUGAAAUGACCUGUAAUGAAACCUCGACCCACCCUUCAAUCUGGAAAAAUUACCUCGGUUUUAUUUUUAACCAUUAACAUAAUGACCCCAAAACAUAGUAAAAUGGUCAAAUCCAAAUGCUAUCUGAUUUAUUUAAGCUUCUCCAACAUUAAAUAACAACGGAAACAUUGACAAAAGCCUCAACCGGAAUGCCUCACAGUUAAAAUAGUUUAUAGUUUGUGCCAAAUUGACAGGAUGGGAUGAAUGGUUAGAUGUUUUUUGAUGGAGCUGAGUCCGGGAGAGGUCAUAUGCUCUCUGUCAGUUUUGUGAUAUCUGAGGAAUUCUGGGUUAGAGUUAGGGCUAACAUCGUGGAUCGAUUAAACCAAUUUAAAAAAACUAUACUCCUUAGCAAAAUAAAAGACUCCAAGCAAAAGAUUUUAUACAUUUAAACAUCUCUUCCAUAGAGGGAUUUAUUACCCAGCCUUCUUACAAUCCUCUCAUGGGGCAGUUUAAAGACUAACUCAGAGAUGUGUUAUAAAUCUCUGGUCAGCGAGAAAAGUUACGGGAGGAAGAAACACAUAUUCAAACGAGGUACCUUUAAUCUUUUUUAAUGUUUUGCUUCAGUUUCCUUCUUUACUUCCUUUUUUUCCACAUGUAUUCCCGGUUCUCAUCAAGUCAUUUGUUUAUCAGUCCCCCAACGUAGGAGAUCAAAGUGCGCUCCUCUUUCUGAAUCACUUGGCCAGAUCACUUAAUUGCGUUGCUGCAUUUUGUGUAUCUGUGUAUCCUCUCACCACAAACAGCAGGCAUCGCAGUAACAGUUGUAUACACAGCUGAGGAUUAGAUGUGUUCACAAAGCGUUAAUAAAGCGCACACGUAAUUACUGUUGGUCAGACCCGCGUGAGCGCAUUCACCAGCGAGCGGGCUGUGUGUCCAGAGGAGCAUCACUAACUUUAUUAUGGGAUUAAAGGCACUUUAAAAGCAGCCGCGGUGAGUCGAGGGGAGACACUCCCUCUGACUGACACAUCUGAGCAGAAUCAAAGGAAGUGUUAGUGUAUCGCUCUCUGUCUCACUCGCUCAUUUUUCUCGCUCUCAUUCACCCUUUCAUGCUCUCACGUGUGUUUGUCUGUGUGCGUGGGUGCGUGUGUGUGUGUGUGUGUGUUGGACCUGUGUGGUCCUGAUCCUCAGUCAAACAACAGAGGACCCUGUGAGAGGGGACAGAGUUUGUAAUGGGACAGUCUCAUCAUGGAGCAAUAGGAUGAGCUGUGUUGUGUAAGAAUAGGGAGUCUGAGAGUUCGAAGUCACUUUUAUAUUAUUCUGCUUCAAAAUUCACAAGGACUCUAUGUCUGCGCUGCCAAUUUUAACACUCCCUUCUCAAAUAACUCUAAUGGAAACUUUUUAAUUUACAUGUACCCAUUGUGUUCCCCAAUCAUCUCUGUCUUUCUGCUGCAGUUUCUGCCUCCGUCAAGCAGAAGAGGAACUAUCGCAGUCCCACUGUCAAACUUUUUUUGUCAUUCAUUUGCUUUAUUUAAUCAUUUAAUUACCCAAAAGACAUAACUGACUUUUUAAAAAGUUUGUUUUUCCAUGUUAAAUGUGCACUUUUUCCUUGACCUUUUUCCUUGACACACAUUUCUCUAACAAAGCUUGGUGAACUACGAUCCAAUGUGGAGGGUUAAAUCUGCAGAAUUGAAAGAUUAGAGUUUAUUCCCCGGUCCCUCAGAGGGCCUCUGACUCACUUCUGUCUAACCUCAGCUCACCCUGCCUGCUUUGUUGCCCACUCUUCUUUGCCGGAGAACAUACAAAUGACUUCAGUCUAAUCAUUUAUGGACUAUUUGAUUUAAUCUGUUUUAUUAGCUGUUUCCGACUCUUUUAGGUAAAGAUUUAGAGCACCUGUGUGAUGUUAAGUUUGUGAUUUUUCUACCAGGAAAACGAUCAUGCUUGGGAUUUUACUCUAUUUUAUUCUGUUCUAUCCUAUGUAUGUGUCUCUGCAGCAAGGGGUGAUAGUUGCAGGAGGAGAGGAGUACCUGAUUGAACCCCUUGUCUCACCAGAUAAUCAGACUAGAACGGAGAAGGGGGAGAGAGCAGAAGGGCGCCCCCAUGUGGUUUACAAACGGUCCUCGCUCCGCCACCAAUACAAGGGCCAAUCCUGCGGAGUCAUUGGUGAGAGGAGACAUAAUCUGGUGUCUUUUUUUUUUUUUUUUUUUGGAGCAGCUGUUCAGUCCAGACUGGAGGAGUAAACUCACCCAGGCUAAUUUGCAUAGCAGCCAGUGGCAGAAGAUUGCGGUUGUAGCCGUGUCCCAGAAGUGAUUGGGUGUGACUGAGUCUGUAGUGCAGGGCGUAGCUGAAAAAGCAAAAGUAUGCUUAGAAAAACAGUUUUUUUGGCAAAUAAAAAGUUAUAAAACCAACAAGCAGUGUAAUCCUGCUCUAUUUUCACUAGAGGUGUGUAAGGGAACCGUAGUGCCCAAUCAAACCUUUCAGAUAAUCAAUGGUUAUUAAUGUAUGUUGGGCCGAGCAACAGUUUGACUUAAGUGUGUUUUUUCUUAUCUUAAAACCUGAGUGUGUGUGAUCUCCCACAGACGAGAAGCCAAUGAAAACCGCGUCAUGGUGGCAGCGAACUCUAAAAACGCCUCCGCAUCAUGUUGGCCGCGGCCAGCUUCCCCUGAAGCGCUCAGUUAGCCGAGAGCGCUACGUGGAGACACUGGUGGUAGCGGACAAGAUGAUGGUGGGUUACCAUGGUCGCAGAGACAUCGAGCAGUACAUCCUGGCUGUCAUGAAUAUUGUAAGUUUCACUACACAAAAGAGGAAAAGGAAAUAUUUCUGAAUAAGAAUUCACAUCAGUGGUUAAGAUAACUUUUUUGGGGGGUACAUACAGUAUAUCAGCAAUGAUUCAUCAUUCAAUCAAACCACUGAUAUCUGAUAUCCCAUUUUGGAGUCAUCUAAGUCAAACUGUGGACUUGAAUAAAGAUGUCUGCAGCAACAGAAAUUACCCUCAGUCGUCCUUUAGCACCAAUAAUUGAAAGUACAUAACCUUGCAUACGAAUAUGUGUCAAAAACACAUAGUGGUUGUCCGACAGAUCGUAUUUAAGAUUAUUUUUAGUUGCUUGAAUAUUGCAAACUGACAAAGAAGUACAGAUGUAUUGACCUAUUUUGAUUCCCCCCGGGGGAGGGAACAUGUUUUAGCCACCCGGGCUUAGUUUGUAUGUCAUCAUCUGCACUAUUUCUGUCACCGGGGAUCUCUUCACACACUGUUUUAAUCACUUUGAAUGGUGCACACACAUGUUAGGAAUGUAUUUAAUGAAGGGUUGGUCAGCUGCCAUUGUUACAAAACAGGUUGAAUCUGGAGUGUUACAGAAUCGCAGAAAAACCAGCAGCAUCUGUUUGGUUGUGUGGAGCAAAGUGGGCCCUAAUUACACCAGACAGCAGUAAUGACAAGGGUCUGAGAGCAGCUUUGGUGUGAGCAGUGGUUUUCAGUCUGGUCUUUUUUUUUUUACAAAGUUGGUGUUUGAACUCUUUAAUAAUGAUUUCUACCACUGGUACUGAGACUUAACAGCUCUUUUAAGGCUGUUGGAUGAGUCUGUCUAAGAUUUGAAGUGUUUGGUGAAGGCUUUCUUAAACCAGGCAUUGAUAAUUGGAGGACAUUUCGAGUUUGAAUUUUGAUAUAUUAAAUCUACUCCUCUGUUUGUUUGUGCUGUUGUCUUAUGCGCUGCUGUGAUGCUUUUGCUGGUUUUUUAAGACUGGUCUUUUCUUGUUUCCCUGGAGGUCAGGUUGCCAAACUGUUCCAGGAUUCUAGCCUGGGGAAUGCAGUCAACAUUGUGGUGACACGGCUCAUCCUGCUCAUGGAGGACCAGGUAAAUCAACCUUUAAGUUCUGUUUCCUCUAUAAAGGUCUGUCUGUGCUUCUUCUCAUUACUCGCCCAAAACUCAUCCCUGACCAUUAUCUGUGACCUCUGCGUAUGAGCCUAAUUAUUGGCUUAUUGGUCUUUUCCUCUUCGACGUUUGGUGGAGUCUGGGUGUGUAAAUGGGUCUGGGCUGUAAUGAAAGGGACACGAACGAUGUGAGGCAGAGAGGAAGAGGGAGAUUGGUGAGGAGAAGCGGAAAAGUGGGGAUAUGAGGGGAGGUUUGUACCUGUAAGACAGAGCUGCUUUGUGACUGUCCUGCUCAUGAACAGGGACCUCUCUGACUGUCGCUGUGACGCACAUACAGGGUGAAGAAAAGUACAGGCUUAGAUUUAGGAGUGUGUUCAGCUGUGUCAUGAUUCACUAAUCAGUGUGUGUUGAGUUUAAGCCCAAGAAGGGAUGUUGUUUAAGGAUAGACUUUAGUGCGCUAACUUAUUCUAUUGCUUUAGAAUUAAUAAAAUUACCAUAAUGACCUUAAUUUAAGACAGAGUUUUCCCCUCUGAAUUCAUCAGGGCUUUAGUAAUUAAGCUCAAGUCCACUGCAGCCUGAUGUCACAAAAAAUCCAAAAGUAGAAAUGUUUUGACUGAAUUAAUCCUGUUCAGCUUUUCAUACAUCUGUGCUCAACAUUUGGUUCCUUUAUUUGCACUCACAGUCAUUUUUGUAUUCCAUUCAGUCGUGGCAAUCAAGGGAGGGUGUGGUAUAAUCAGUGUCGUCUUAUAUUUAGGUCACUACGGUAAUUCCUAACAGCUCCAGUUUUACUUUUUAUUUGCUUCUGAUUUGCUUAUUUUAAUCUAACAGGCUAAAAUAAACUCCCCAGACUCCUGACAUUUUCUGGGAAUUUUAGGACAUUCAGGUCCUGGUAUUUUUGGGAACUUACCCUAAACCCAUGACCCUCACAGCAGGAAAUAAGCUGUUUGGAUGCUCUUUAUUUAAGUAAAGAGGGUGGCUGGGUGUUUCAGACCAUUACCUGCCACGUCGUCACAUCAUCUCAGACUUUGUUGGGAUACCUAAUACUGAAUAGAGUCUUGCUGUCUGUGUUCGAACAUGCACCUUUAGGAUGACAAUGUUGGGAAAAACUUCAUCUUCUUUAUUAGAUAGGACAGGAGAUGUGGGGAAUAGGAAGAAAGGAGGACAUGCAGCAAAGAGUUCUGAUUGGGAGUAGGAACAGCAACCAUUAAGACAAGGAUUAUAGCCUCUGUACAUAGACAGGGUGCACACUUGGUGCCCAGAUGUCAGGAAAUUUCAUGAGUCCUAUGUUUGUGUAAAAAGAAAGGAUGACAUAGAACCGACUUAACAUCCCAGUAAGAUGGUUUAUCAUCCUUUUAUCUCAAAGCAAUGCCGCGUUCAGCCUCACAGAGCAGCUAGCUUGGCUCUGCUCUGUCGUUUUAUGAUUUAAUUAGUUGCCCAGAGGGUAGAAGGAGCACACAUUCUGAAUCCACAGCCGACCACAAGGCAGGCGCUCAGUUCAUAAAAAGUGCUUGACCUCCGUUUUGCACGGGAGAUGACUGGGCCAUCUGUAACUGACCUUAUUAGCCUGCCAUCAACAGUCUGUGGUGAGACGCUGCGGCUGACCUCAUAGUAAUCUUGACCUUCCUUACAGUCUGACGGAUGAAUCAUUCUGAAUACAAGACAGAAAGACUUUGAGGUUUCCUCCGUUGUUGUCAUAUGGGGGAACAUUUAUGAUUCAUACUUUUUAAUACUGCACCAAAAUAAGCUCUAUAUUUACUUCUCGGAUGUGUUCUUCAUCUGACAGAGUAAAGAGGUAAAUGUUUGGAUCAUUAGUGGUGGGCAGCAUUAGUGUUGUUAUUCUUUCUCCACGGUCUGUUGAUGCUGAGGUUGGGACAGGAUCGAGAGUAGUUUUGGCCAGAAGUUCUGGUGUGGUUUCCAGGUCUGAAAACAGCAAAGCUGCCCCUGGAAAAUAAAAUAAAAAUCAGGCCAGCAGCAGACCCAGAAAUGAGGGACUGCGGGAUGAGACAAUUACUAGUUAUGUCACCACAUGCAUUCCUGGGUUACGAGUUCUCGCCAGCUGUGGCCAGCGGAGCACUCCCUCCUCCCCAUCUCCUCUACGCUCUCAUAAUACUAGAUGCACCUUCACUCUUGUCCUGCCUCAAACAAAGCUGCUAUCUGGUGAAGAGCAAGUGUCUCCAUAUUCACUGAUAUUGAAUUUCUCAGUUGCAGUCAAGAGUUCCUAUAAAAACUCUGAAAAGUUGGGUCUUAAAACUAACUGACAACAGUGGAAAAUGAGCCUCAAACGCACAAUACAGGAAGACUGGAACUAGGUUAUCAUAGCACCUGAUAGCUGAAAUCUCCAAUUUGUUUACCCUGGAAUAACCUUACAGAAAGUUGAAGUGCCUUUGCUAAACGGUUCUACAGCUGUUAUAGUCAAUUUGAUCAUUGUGAGGUUUCAGCGUUUUUAUCUACUUCCUGUCUUUUUUUUGUCCUCCAGCCAACACUAGAGAUCAACCACCACGCAGGAAAGUCUUUAGACAGCUUCUGUAAGUGGCAGAAAACCAUCCAGCACCGGAGCAGCUAUGGCAACGCUAUACCAGACAACGGGAUCGCUCACCAUGACACUGCUGUGCUUAUCACCAGGUUAGAAACACAAACGGACAAACCCUCGUCACAAAACUGUGGAGGAUGUACACUAACAUUUAAGCAUGUGCUCUGAGCGUACGUGCUUUUAAGAUACAUAAUGAUUGUGUUCUGAGUCUGUUUCCCAGUAUACAGAAGGGUUAAACUGCGCUUCCUCAGGGCAGUAUUCUCACAUUCCCAGCCCCUGUCUUCAUAAGUUUUCAUCAAGCCAAGUCCGAGAGAGUUAGACUGUAUCUUGUCCAUUCUGGUGACGAUAGCUGGGGCCGCUCUGCCCAGCUCAGCAUCUGGAGAGAAAAUGUAAAAGAGAGAUAUGAGGAGGGAGCGGACAGAUUUGUUUUAUAGAAGAAAGCAGCACAGACGAAAAAUGAGGAGACACGCGAAGAGGUUGAGACAGAAAGAUGAAAUCGAAAGAUGGCUGCUUUAAAGGUCGAAGUUUUUUGGGAUGUUUCUAACUCUGCCCUCGCUUGGUGAUACUGCAGCGGAGGAUGUAUAUUAAGCAUACAGAACACUGAUGCUAUUGACUGGGGAAUGUGCAUCAGCAAACAACACAAGCAUGGUUUGGCCAGAGUCAUCUGAAUACCAUACAUUUUUUCCCUUUCUGUCUCACAGAACACUCUCCAAGCUUAUAUAAGAGGAGGUAUAAGAAAUGCACAGAUACUGUAGAUAAACGUCCGCUUUAUUGAGACGUGGUUGUGAGAACACUUUGGUUUAAGGACAUGUUUUAUCAAGCUGAGGAUGGAAACGGUCCAGACAGAUGACACCAAAGUGACCGUCCAUGACUUCCUGCUAUUGUGUAAAUCUGUCUGCUAUCACUGUGUGAGCGUGUCCGUCACCAGCUGUGAAUCUACGGCAUGUCCAUGUCAAAUGUCUUUGUAGCCAUCAGAGUGGUUUCUAUAUUGAAAGCUCUGAUUUUGUUUGUUUGUACACGUCUGUAAAUUAAAGUAGAUUUUUUUUCCCCCGGUAUUUGCAUCCAGGUAUGACAUCUGCAUCCAAAAGAACAAGCCCUGUGAAACCUUAGGUAACACGCACACACAAAAAGUGCUCUGAUCUACCAGACUAAUGGAAAAAACUGAAUCAGGACUAUAAAGCCCGCUAACCAAGUCUUAACCCGACAGGUCUGGCUCCUGUAGGAGGGAUGUGUGAGCCGGAGAGGAGCUGCAGCAUCAAUGAGGACAUUGGUCUUGGAACAGCCUUCACUAUCGCCCACGAGAUAGGACACACGUGAGUGAAACACGAAGACUCAAAUCUAUUUAAAAACCGGGGUAAAGGGCUUCCAAUACAGAAACUUUCCUGGUUGCUAUUUCCCACAAAGAUUUGAAUGUAACUCCUGAUACGAUAGCAGGAAUCUUAAGAAGUGGCAGUCCUAUGAUUCGACUUCAUUUUAAAGGUACAGUGUGUAAUAUUAAGCAGCAUUUAGCAGAGUCCUCUUCUACAGAGGCCGGCAUCUUGCACCACAAUGUUUCUACUAUUGUUCUGAACAGCAAACUAGUAACAUACAUGUUUUUGUCUUUUGUGAGUGGCUACAAAAAUGUACCAAAUUAAAGACUAAGAGAAAACAGAGAGGAUGUUGUACACUAAGUUUUUUUGUUGAUGGACAUUUCUGGAGGUUUUUGAUGGUAAAAACUUGACAAGUGGGGUGCCACUGGCCUAGCAGUUUACGUGUGGCCCAAACUGAGGCUAUGCCUCAAGCAGCUGGCCUGGGUUCGAUUUCAUCCUGUGGUUCCUUUCACGCACGUUUCCUCCCUUCUCCUCAUUUCAUACUCUGUCCACCAUCCUGUCCUCUUUGAAUAAAGGCAAUACUAGUCCAAAAAUUAGUACUAAAGGAAGGGAAAUCUACACAAAUGGAGGAAUGCUUCUUGUCCUCAUUGGACACCAUCACUUUACGAAUGGAAGGGGUGAGCAAAGCGGUGUUUCAAUCCAGAACUUGACCACCAGAUAUCAUGAAAUACUCCCAGUCCUACACACUGUACCCUUACAGAAGACCACUGUGGUGUUCUUUGGUCCAGAUUGCAGCUGUGUUAUAAUCCAUGACAUUUCUGUCCCAUCACGUCUGACUUCAUCCCCGACUUUCAGGAGAAAACUGUCAGUUGAAAAAUACACUCAGCGGUUCGGCGUAGAUGUUUUUUUUCCACAUGAUAAUUUUUCAUCCAGAGCAUGAGGACUAAGGCUUCAUUUCCAUGACAAAUGACAGCUUAGGUUUCGUGACAGCAACCCUAGAAGUCACACAUACAAAGGCAAAUAAUUCAUGGAUAUUUUUGUCUGUCAGAGUCGGUAAACAUCUUCUCCUGAUCUGCUCACUGUUUGUUCUGUCAAAAUGAAAAGAGUGUGUUGUUACACAGCUGGCUCUGUAAGUGGGAAUGAAGCAAACCAGCUCAGAACAAUCCACACAGCAUGAUCCAGACAAAUAGCAAAUGUAUAGUUUUUGCACCUAGAGGUUACAUGGGGAGGGGGCAAACAUAUAGAGCCAUGACACUUAGACUAUAGAAGUGAAUUUAAUAAUCCAGAAUCUAGAUUAAUUGUGGCUGAUUUGCUCUUUAACUAAGGCUAAAACACUAAAUGUCCCUAAAGGACUCCCUGAGGUGUCUCAUAUGUCUUUUCAUGUGUUUUGUUUUGAGAUGACCCCUCCCUCCUCGGAUUACGUCUCCAGAUCUCCGGAGAGAUUUCAUGUAAUCUCUGACUCCAUGAGUCAUUGUCAUCUGUUGAGAAUGUGUUGAUGCUGGUAUAUUUUCUUUCGGUCACACUUUUUAUUUGUGAAGUUAGUAUUUUUUUUUUUGUGCAGGGCUGGUGCAGUACUUGAUGCUACUGCUUUUUCUGCUUUUUAUAUCUAUCUGGACCUCCCAGAUGGUUUGGAAACAAUGUUCUACUCACUAAGCAACAAGCAAUUUCCCAUCCUGUAUGCUUUUAUCGGUCACACAUCCAGAAAAUAAAAUGAGCGCUUUCUCUGAGUAAUUGAGUAUCUUGUAACAACAACAUGUCUGACACAGACUUGGUAGGGUUUUUUCACAGAUGGUUGAUCCUUGUGUGUCUGAUGAUGAAUACAGUAGACCUGGACCACAAGGUCUCUUAGUUUACAUGACUGGUAAUAGUGCUUGUAGAAGAAUAUCUGGGAUAUAUGAGUGGGAAGUUUUGCUAACCCUAACUUAUAUUUUUAAUCAUUUAUAAAUCUACAGAUUUUACUUUUCCUGGAUUAGGUGUUUUGGAUCCAUUAAAGGUUGUAAGUAAAGAUGUGGAUUUAAUACAAUAACUAAGAUGCAGCAUCUCCUUUUCAAGGGAUAUAAACAACGUUUCUUACUGUGAUUUUUAGUCUUAGUUUGUCUGACCCAAAUUCAUGUAACUUAAAAGAAGAAAGUAAUGAAUAUUUAUAAUGCUUUGUAGCAUUAAUCAUAUUAUAAAACUUGGGUUACAGUUGUUUCUGCUUUCAGAGCAACACUUUAUUUUACGCCUAUCUCUGUAACACAUUAUGAAUAUAUGUAUUAUACGUUAUAAUCACAUUAUAGCACUAUAUAACCAUAGUUAUAAACACUCAUAAACGAUCAUAAUGCUUUAUAGCAAUAAUUAUAAUACAUUAUUAAGCAUUUUAUCAAGACUUACAAGGUCAGGUAUUACAAUGUGUUAUAACUGUUAAAAACAGUUGCAUUGCAUUAUCUAUGUGGGCAUUAUCAGUGAGUUGUUAACAGUUAAAACACAUUAUAAUACCUGAACUUGUAAGUCUUGAUAAAAUGCUUAAUAAUGUGUUAUAAUUAUUGCUAUAAAGCAUAAUGAUCAUUUAUGAGUGUUUAUUACUAUAGUUAUACAGUGCUAUAACGUGAUUAUAACCCAUUAUACAGAUAUUUAUAAUAGGCUACAGAGAUGGGCGUCAAGUGUUACCGAAAACUCCAACUCCCGUUAGUAUGAGUCGUGUUAUUUGCAUUUAAACUUACAUGCAUGUGGAUUUACAUAUUGAUUUUAUGCUGAUAAAAGUACAGCUGUGGAUUACAUUUUUAUACAAAGUCGGUUUUAAUGUCAAUAAAGGUUUUUAAUUCAGAGUUUAGCUCAAAUAUAGAAACCAGCACUUAAGCUCGUAUUCCCCUCCUGCUAAUCACAUCACAGCACUUCUGUGAUUGAGGUUAUGGAUGGUAAUCGUUUCUCUGCGGUCUUUCUGCAGCUUCAUUUAACAAAAAACAAAGCCUCAAAGUGUUGUCACUGUUUCAUCUCGGGCUUUAGGUUUGGGAUGAACCAUGACGGUAUGGGGAAUGCCUGUGGUCCUCGCAGCCAGGAAACCGCCAAGCUGAUGGCUGACCACAUCACCAUGAAGACAAACCCGUUCAUCUGGUCGGCCUGUAGCCGAGAUUACAUCACCAGCUUCCUAGAGUGAGUCUGCCAAUCAGAUAACUGCAACACCACAAAUAAUUUGGUAAUUAGAGGUUUGAGAUAGAAAAGAAAUUACUCACAAGUCAUAGUAACAUUUUUGAUGGUCAGAGAAACACCAAGCAGAAAUCCUCCGCAGCCUGUUGAGUGACUUUAACUUGAAAAACUAACACACAACCACAACAUCAUUUCCUAAGGCAAGUGUCCUAGACUUAGACUUUAAAUGUCCUUAAAGAGGAAAUUUAUGGUACAGUACAGAUAUAUUAACACAUCAGACAAACACAGAACAAUAUUCAAAACGAUGUCCUGUUGUUGCUUUGGUCUUUCAGCUCUGGUAUGGGCUCCUGCCUGAACAACAUCCCCCCCAAGCAGGAGUUUGUGUACCCGACCACAGCACCGGGUCAAGCCUAUGAUGCAGACGAACAGUGUCGCUUCCAGUAUGGCGUCAGAUCUCGUCAGUGUAAAUAUGCGGUGAGUCUCUUUAUUUUACAACAUAAUGAGAUCCUGGGGUCAUUCAGGCAUUUUGUCGCAUCGGUCCAAAAUAUAACAAGAUAAACCUGCGAUAGUUCAGCCUCACUGGCAGAGCUGUAAACCAAACACUAACCUCACUGAGAUAAAAUGCUGUGUAGAUUCCCAGCCAUCCAUGUAAUAAAAUAUCCACUCUCAAGGAAGCCAGAAUUGCUCUUUUUUUCACUUUUUUAUCUCAUUAUUCAGCAUUUUCGGUUGUGCAACGUUUUAUCACCCGUCAGUAUUUUACAGUUUUAAAAAGAAACCUCUUUAAACUGACUCAGUCUAUUAUUUUUCUGCUUUAUUUCCCCCUCUGACUUUCCCCUCUUCAUGUCAGCGUCCCCCCACAGUGAGAAACAUCUUGCAAUACCUUUGCCAAAGAGCAUCCACUUUAUUGCAUGGUCAACUUUUAUUAGGCCAGGUUCAGAGAGACUGUACAUCUGGAAGAGCACACUUCUUUAUAGACUCAUUACGACCCCGACGAUAUGGUCAGAACAUAUGUACACAAUAAAACAUAACCACCAUGUGUCAGAGGCAUCGCUGUAGAGGAUGUAGAGGGGGAGGUGAAAGAGAGUGUGUCUGCUCUUUUUGUUUUAAUGAUCUGAUAUUUUCUUACAGGCUGUCCUUCUCUUUGCUUUUUUUCUCUCUUUUACUUUCCUCUCUGCCUUUAUUAUUUUAUUAUUACAUAAAUUUUAAUAAGUUCAAGCAGCUUUUUCUGUGCAGGGAUCAACAUGUUCUCGUUGAGCUCUGAGUUUCAUUUAUCCAUGUUUUUGUCAAUUGAGUUUCUCUUUUUCAUUAUUUCUUGUGGACUUUUAUGUCGCUGAAAUGCCAUCUGAGGACAGGCAUCAAUGUACGUGCUACAUACUUGUCCCAUUACAAAUAAACAGAGAAUAACUGCGUCAAUAUUUCUCUUUACAUGCUCACACAGGAAGUCUGCAGCGAACUUUGGUGUAUGAGCAAGAGCAACCGCUGCAUCACCAGCAGCAUUCCCGCUGCAGAGGGAACCAUCUGUCAGACCAACACCAUAGAGAAAGGGGUAAAUACUUAAAAAAUCCUUGUUUUACAGUCAAUUACUGUUUCUGCUUUUGCACCCACUACAGUGGCUCAGAGGAAGAAAGAACUAACAGCUCGAUGUAUGCUUAAAUCAGUCAAGUCUCCAUAGAUUUUAAGCAUUUAUUGCCAAACAGAAAUACAAUUAAACUGACUCUGCAUCUUUUAAUGGCACCACUGGCCUUGUGGUCUAAGUAGUCACCCUGUACACAAAAGUUAUACUUCCUGCUCUGCCCAUUGCUCCCUGCUCUCUCUCCAGCUUUCCAGCUUUGUCCACAUAUCCUCUCAAAGGAAGCCACAAAAAGCCCUAGAAUAAAUUUAAAAAAUAAUAAAAAAAACGCUUUGUAAAGUGCCUCCAAGGUUAGCCAAACGCUAUGACUUUUCAUGGAGUGCAUUGCAACACCCCCUGCAAAGGUGAUAACAAGAUUUUUUGACCAGAGAGGGAAGGCUAGGAGGUGGUGGAGGCAAGAUUUACCAGCAGCAGCAGCAGAGUGUGGGCAGCACUAGCAUAGCAAGGAUCAGCAGAUGUAUACAAACGGGCCACCUUGUUGUGAGAACGGACUGUGAUUGGUUAUGAGUGAGUGGAAAACAUUGAUCACAGCUGGGGCUUAUGUCUGAACCAAUAAAUGUCAGGGUAGAGUGUUAUGAAAACAUUUCUAUGCAGAUUGGGCAAUGUGCAGCAGUUGUGUUGCGGCCAAAUUUGCCAAAUUUUCAUCAAUCUGCAGAUCAAAUGUAGUCUGAACCGUGGAGGGGUGGUGCAGCGGAUCAUGGGAACAGGUUGCGUGACUACAAAUCAGUCGAAUUAAAAUGCCUUUUCAUGUCGAAUGAAAUGUUGUUUCCACUGUGAAAAACAAAAGAGGGCAUCCUUUUAUUGUUUGAUUGUAUUAAUGUAUGUCGUGUUUGUGCUACAGUGGUGCUACAAGAGGGUAUGUGUGGCAUAUGGGACUCGUCCAGAAGGCAUAGACGGGGGCUGGGGUCUGUGGUCUCCCUGGGAGGAGUGCAGCAGGACCUGUGGAGGAGGGGUCUCUUCUUCUAUCCGACAUUGUGACAGUCCCAGGUAAAGUAUGGUACCUGGCAUGCCCCCCCCCCACAAUCUCAGGACAAACUUAUCCUCCCAGAUCAGCGGUCUGUCUUAGCUGAGCGAUUUCUGAUCUCCGCUGCCCCUUUGCCAUCGCCACCCUAAAAGUAAAACUGCAAGGAUUGAUGGGGUCGGCGCCCAGACACCAAACACAGACAAUGUUCUGCUGCUGCAACAGACGGCUCAAAGCCCAAAUAUGAGUUGUCUGACUGGAAUCGGCUUCAGUGGCAUGAGAGGUUCUGAACAUUUUUGGCCUCAUUUCAUCCCACACCAAAGUGUUUUCACAUCAGCCAGCCGGUACUCAUAUUUUGACAUCUGGUCUGAACACACUCUAAAAAAAUGGACAAAAAAAUAAAAAAUCCGCAGUCCUUGUUCCGUGCAAUUUAUUUCUCCAGCACCAUGCAGCUUUACUGGCCUGGUAAUAAACCUUGUGUGCAAACAUUCUGAAUAGAAACUGAAUAAAUAAACAAAAAGCCUGAUUUUUUUUGUAGUUAAGUCAAAGCUAAGGCACAGAAAAAGGAUCAUAGUUUUGACCCACCAUUAUUCACUGAGGGGUCGCUCUAUGAAGAAAUCAUUAAAGUUCCCUUGGGCAGGUGAAUGUCCUUGGACCAUCUUUAAUACCAAGAUCUUCUCCUUUCUGUGCUCUCCUAGAAAACUGUUGUUACAUUAUGAAUAAUGCUUACAUAUUUGGACGCAAUAGUUGGUCGUGCUUAGACCCGGGUCAGAUUGUUGACCAGAGUAGCCUGAUCCUGAUGAAAAAGUCUCUGGAUGAAGUUGAAGAAACACACUUGUUUACGAUAAUGCUGUGUAUCACGAGGACUCUUUAAGGUCGGUUACUUUUUCCUGUCUGCAGGCAGCAGCAGGGCCACGGUCUGUGCCGUGUAUAAAAUAUUUCAGAUAGAAGUCUGAAUCAUCACCAAACAACUCGCUGACUUACAUUUGAAUCACAUUCACCAGAUCCCUCAUCUUGAAAUGAUUAAACCCAGAAUGAAUUGACCCAAAUCUGAGGCCAACUGUGUUCCUUUGUUUCAUUACCGAGCAUCGUCUCCUUUUUUUUCUUCCUUCGGCUACACUCUGCCGUAAUUUGUUAAAGGUUGAGCAGAGGCAGCCGUUUGACUGCGGCUUUGUUCUCUGUAAAUGUUGAGGUGUUGUCGUGACAGUUUUUGAGAGACAAUAAAGAAACGAAGAGAGACAUUGAGGUUGAAACACGCUGAUGAAGGCAGACGGAGCAGAGAUCAGGAGCUGGUGUUGUUUUAUGAGAUGUGAUGGGAUUAGAUCCUGUUAAAUUAUUCUCAGAUGUGGCUGACUGAUUCUGUCUGUGUUUUCUUGCAGACCAACCAUCGGCGGAAAGUAUUGUCUGGGGGAGAGAAAGCGCUUCAGGUCCUGUAACAUUGAUGUAAGUCAGUUAAUAUAUGUUGUGACUCAGUUAUUUGUUAUCAUGAUUAUUUGAGUACUGAUUGGGUAUUAACCAAUUGCAAUAGAUGUUAAAAUCAGGUACAAAUGUAGAUCCUUGACUAAGAAACCCUCGAAAUUUGGGUGUUGGUAUAGCUAAAGUGAUAUUCCGGUGUAAAAUAAAUUUAGGGUCAAACACACCGUAACACUGAGUUAGACACCCCCUCGAGAGAUGAAUGUUGCCGACCGCUUGCUCCUCUAGUUAUACCAACUUAAGCAACAACCACACGAUAGCAAUACAGAGAGCCACGUGCUCAACCAAAACGCUACUCUAUAGCCACAAAUAAUGCUCAGAACAGCACCUAACUUCAUCAGAAAUGGUCAUAAAUGUUCUUCCUUGAGCUGCAUCACCCCGCUGUAGUCCGUAAUGGACUGGCCUGAGGCCUCACUACAAAAAAACGGCUGCUGGAAGAGAGUAGGUUAGUUGUGUUUAGUCUCUUUGCUAAAGAAAUCAGGCAAAGCUAAAAAGAUGUUUGGUGGCUGGGACCCUAUAUGUACUGUUGAUGAAGUUAGGUGCUGUUCUGAGCAUUAUUUGUGGCUAUAGAGUGGUGUUUUGGUUGAGGUUUGUUUUUGGCUCCUCAGACCACUUUGUAUUGCUGUCUGCGGUCGUUACUAAAGUUGGUAUAACUAGAGAAGCAAGCGGUCAACAACAUUCAUCUCUCAAGGGGGUGUCUAACUCGGUGUUACAGUGUGUUUGACCCUAAAUUAAUUUUACGCCAGAAUAUCCCUUUAACAGUUUAAACUCAUGUAGAGAGGCUCAAAGCAGGAGGCCCUUCAGUUUCAAAUCCAGCUGUCACUCCAACACCCAUUACUUCAUGUCAUUUUAUACUAUCUCUAUCUACUGUCUUUACCUUGGUAUGUUCAUAUUGUAUGGGACUCUGCUCGAGUAUAUGUGAACAUGUAUGUAUUUAUAGUAUGAAUAUGUGUGUGUUACAGGAGUGUGCUCCAGGCUCUCGGGAUUUCAGAGAGAUGCAGUGCUCGGAUUUCGAUAGUGUUCCUUUCCGGGGAAAAUUUUACACCUGGAGGCCGUACAGAGGGGGUGAGUGAGCCGCUGAUCUCUCUGUAACAAUAUGGGUUUUCACUUAAACAGUGGAGAUCUCUGCUGCAGAUCGUAUCCAUGCCCUAAAUACCACUUUCUGACAGACGGAGGUGUUGAUCUACUGUGUGCAUUAAGAGAAGAGGGUGCAGAUGCAUGAGAGGGAAAGACAACUGAAAGUAAGCAGAAUAAAGUUGCCGGUUUACAAUGAUUUAAACAAGGCAAAGAGGAAUAGUAGUAAUACAGAUUUAACUCCAGAAACAACAUAUAACGCAGAGCAAAUAGCAUUUCAUGUUUCUUAAAUCAAAGAUAGACGGAUAUGUUAUCCAUGUUACGAUGAGAGUAAGCAGAUAAAAGCAGACUGAAAGAUAUAGGUCAAGAUUUGGAGACAACCAGAAUUCAGGAGAAAGAGUGGGGUGUGUGCAUGUAUAUGUGUCUGUGCGCACAGAGUGAGAAAGGAGAAAGUGAAUCGAAGCUGCAGACUCUGUCCUGUCUGGCCCACAGAUGCUGGCCGCAGAGAGCCACGCAUCCCAGAAUGCCUUGCGAGAAUUCCUCGCUCCUGAUGAGCACUACACUGGAUGCAAAAGAUAAAUACUUUCAACGACAUAACUGCCUUUAAUCUCGCCCUCCAAAAACAUAAUGGCUAACAGAGAUGGCUGGCCAGCUGAGUCCAACUUCAGGCAACAAGUGCUCCUUUCAUCAAGUCAGCUGAUUUUACAAUGGAAAUCCCUUGCAGCUGUUAAAAUAGGAACAGUGCCAUAGACUCUGCCCCGUGUUAAGGCCAGAUCACACCGCCAAGCCCCUUCCCUGUCCUCCACAGGCCUCUCACUCGCCUCAACUCUCAUUUUAGCUUCCCUGCUCACUCUUUCAACCCUCCCACUCAGGUUCCUUUACUGCUGUGCUCUCUGCGUCCUCCUUUUUGUAUACCUCCACUUUGCGCACCUAAUUUGGCUCAAAAUGUUUCAAUCUCUGUCUAAUAUCUGUCCUGAAAGAGGGUAAGGAACUCUCAGCCCAAACAGCCAAAGACAGUUUAUAAAAAGAAGUAUUAUUGGUAUUUUUAAACAAGCUGCUCCAACACCCUUCACAUUCACGAUGCUUUCAAGCCACGCUGGCCCCGCCAGUGCCCGGCACCAUAGGAAUUGUAGUUUUCCAUGGUCUAUGCAUGCAUUAAUUUUUUUAAUCUGGAAGCCAUGCCAGCACAUACUCUCUCCCUGAUUCUGUCUUUCCCAGCACACACUGUACCUGCUUCAGUGCUGCCAGCACAAACAAACACAGAACCAGACUGAUGUCAACAGCCACUCAAAAACUGGAGCUGCUGGCACGCAGCGCAGAUGAAUGAAGGAUAUAUACCGCUUGGCUGGGAAAGACCUCUGGCAGCUGCGUGUGCGUGCGUGUUUAAUGUUAGUGAAUCAGAAAGAUGGAAACUAGGGAGGAGGUUGGUUCCAUACAUGAAGGUGUAUGGAACCAACCAAGGUGUACUAUGUGUUUUUUAGGUGUCCGCUGACAUUACAGUACCGUAUUUUUCAGGGUAUGACAUUAUUAGAUGUUGUAAUUACUCUAUUUCUUUAUUUGGUAUCUUAAUCAUCCAUGGGUUGGUGUUUUGAUCCAAAUUAUUUUACCUUUCUACUGUCAGCGCUUACACAGACAGAUAAAAACAGUGCGCAGAGUUUGACUGAUCCAUCAUAUGCAUAGUUGACCAAUCACAGGCUAUACCUGGUAUCAGCUGACCUGUGAAGGUUUCUCCACCUCGGUAAGGCAGAGAAGGAAAAUACAAUUUGUGUUGUGGACACUGUUGGUAUCAGUUUCUUGAAAUGCCAGUCCUCAAUGUUACUGUAUGUCUGUCAAUGUUCAUAUUUGUAUCUGUAUGUACUGGGGUCGAUAGUAUUACAGGCAAACGCUAUCGAAUCACAGUCGGCUGUUUGUUCUGUAGUUGUCAGCACUGAUAAAUAUAAUUUUAGUCCUCUGCAGAUGCAUUUCUCUCUCUCAUCUGCGCUCUUCAAAAGCAUGUGAACAUGCGCCAAGGACGUGCAACAAGUCACAGAUGUAAACAUGACACAUAGUACUAUAAACAAGAUGCCUUAUCGUGUAGAUUUACAGCUCAUAUUGCAGGGUUCAGUUUAAUACAAAAGAAAAACACACAGAAACUGACCCCACUUCAGAAUAAUUUCUCCUACCUUAAUAAUGUUUUGAUGGAUCCCUUAUGUCCGGUGCUGAAGGUCUGGAAGGCUGGUGCAGAAAUUAAGAUUUUAUAUCUCAGCUGCUCUGCUGAAGCCCCCAAUUUAAAUACUCAUAUACUCAUAGUUUAGGAUGUUUGCUUUAGUUCUGACUGUAAUGGACUGGCCCGAGGUCUCACUACAAACAAAUGGCUGCUGGAAGAGAGUCGGUGAGUUGUGUUUAGUCUCCUUGCUAAAGAAAUUAGGCAAAGUUAAAAGGAUGUUUGGUGGCUAGAGCUAUGGCUGGGACCCUAUAUGUACUGUUGAUGAAGUUAGGUGCUGUUCUGAGUUGUGGCUAUAAAGUGGCGUUUUGGUUGAGGUUUAUUUUACGGCUCCUCAAACCGCAGUGUAUUGCUAUCGUGCGGUCGUUACUAAAGUUGGUAUAACUAGAGAAGCAAGCGGUUGGCAACAUUGAACUCUCGGGGGGGUUGUCUAACUCGGUGUUAUUUUACUCCGGAAUAGCCCUUUAAAAUGGAGUCAUCAAUACCAUCAAACACAAAGAUCCAUCUAAAGCAGUUUUCCUGAUCCUCUCAUGUCUUCUUCUGUGUGUUUUGUGUAUAUGUGUAGGAGGUGUGAAGCCCUGCUCUCUGAACUGCCUGGCUGAAGGAUACAACUUCUACACAGAGCGCGCUCCAGCUGUGGUGGACGGUACACCUUGCCGGGACGACACUCUGGAUGUGUGUGUGAACGGAGAGUGCAAGGUGAGGAAAGAUCUCUGUGUUUACAUGAAAGUUCAGCGUGUGUGUGUUUGCAAGAGUCCAACUAUUGAUUGAAAUACAGGCUGUUAGCUGCUACAUGUGACCAGAGGACAGGGUUCACAUCUGAGACUGUAUUAUUUACACUCACUCUCCAGGCUCUGGAUGGCUGCCAUUGUUUACACUCUGACCGCUGACGGUCAUCACAGUCAGCUCCUCAAAUGAAAGCUGAUCUUAUCUCUGGCACUGAUUUGAGAUUCUCAUUAGUGUUUUCUCUCUCUGGACCUCGGUGACUUGCGAAAACAAAACCCUGACCGCUGCUUGUUAUGAUGAAGAGCGGGAGACCGCAUGAAGCUGUCUUGGGACUCAUUUUGACACUCAUAUUUAUAAAAAGCUAUAAAAAAACACCGUCCUCUGAGCGUGCAGCUUAUUUAGUCAUUGUAGCUGCCGUUAUUUCCACCUCGUGUUUGUUUUGGGUGUUCCUCCUCUCCAGAAAGAAAGUUGAGGUUUUGUGAGAGCUGGUAAAAGACCCCGAAUGUUUCACAUUUCAGGAUAUCCAGCUCGUAGUUUUGUGGCUUGGCUGCUGGUGUCGUGCCAGGAUAUUUCAUUUUUGGCUCCCGCUCUCUUCGCUCUUACCCCCCAUGAUCUAGCUUUAUUUUGUGUGUCUCUGAGAUUAAAGGGAGUCAGGGAUGGCCAACCUCCCAGCAUUUAUUUAAAAAAGGAUUUUGUUUAUCAACAUCAUCGGACUCUCUGUUCUCUCCUCCUCUUUUCUCCUUUUUUCCCCCUCUGCUCGGCUCAGUUCUGUUCUGGAGAAACUCAGUGACCCCCCAGCUCAGCUGUUAGUCUGUGUGUCUGCACUGCAGGCAGCCUUUCAUUCACUGCAGUCUUAUGAUUAUCUCUCUCUCUCUCUCUUUCUUUCUCUCUUUCUCUCUUUUCUGUCCACGUUCAUUCUUCUCAUUUCUCUCGCUCAUGUUUUUCUCUCUUUUUUAAUACUUUCUAGUCUGAAAUACAGCCUUUUGUCCUUCUCCUUCAGUCCUAUCAUCUUACCUUGCUCAGGUUUUAUGUACACCUUAAACUUCAAACACUCUGUGGAGACAUCUCUGUCUGCAGUUUGCAGCCUCAUGCUGGCUUCGCUUCCAGAGUCGGGGGUCUGACAAUAAGGAAAAAGAGUGGUGCCGACAGAGAUGGAGGGGAGUUAGGGAAUUUGAAAAAGAACCUGGGAACAGAUGGUGCAGUUGGACACAACAUACCGCUGCAGACAAAAACUUUGUCUGCCAGAGCCUCUUUUUUUCCGGAUCUGUUGGACAAAUAAUAGAGGACCAGAUUUAGUCAAAAAAUGGUGUUGAGUUUUGGUAUUCAGUGCCUGAUUUACUGAGUCAGCAGUUCAUUAAGCAGCCAGCUACUGGACAGGACUUCAUAAUACACCUAAAAAAACAGGCGCCCACUUUAUUUUUAAUACCUGAAGAGAAAACAAACAUAUUAAUGUGAAAAACAAAUGGACAGAGAAAUGAAGAAAGGUGCACAAAAGUUCACAUGACUGGUGGAUGUAGAGGGAUACAGAGAGAUGAAGGAAGUUCAAACCUGGACGAUACAGACGUGAUGAAAUAAAAACUUUAAAUUUUAUUGGUGUAAAGUUUGACAUACAUAAAGCACAUCCUUUCAGAGUCAGAGUUGAAACCUCUCCUGUAAUAUGCUCGACUGAGACAGAUGCAUCUUGCAGCCACAGCACAAAUAAAUCAGGUGCAUCUGUUUGGUAAUAGAGAAUAUGCAUGGGGGAUAAAUCUGCCACAUCUCUGUUUAAUCUAAUCCAGUUCAGGACUAGGACUGGUGACUGAAACUAUCUCUGCAAACUAGAGUCCAUGCUCUGUCCUCUUGUGGGGAAAGCUUUUUCGCUCCUUUUGGAUUUAAAAACAGAUCUGCGCUUCUUCAUGUCACUUCACACCACACUGUCUGACAUCCAGCUGUCGUUGUCUUCUGAUAUCACGCUGCGUCAUGUCGACAGUGCCACUGCGAGGAGACACAAAAUCCUGAUGCAGUGAGUCCAAUUAGCAGGAACAUUUAUUUGCAGCACCUUUAUAAGUUCCGAUGACAAACCCGGCCAAUAUUUUUUUCAUUUAGGUCAGGAUCAAAAGUUAUUGCUGUAUUGGUCUUUUGUCCCACCUAUUAUAGGAUUGAUUUGUACAGCUAUCUGACAGAAGAUUUGUGCUCUUGAAUAAACCCCCCCCCCCCAGUUUUAGCACUGUAAAGUUUUAUGGUUUCUGUGAUUGGUCCACUUCAUGUCUGGGAAACUCAGAGGCCUCUUGUAAGUCUGGAUCCACAUCAUUUAAACUUUAUUAACUCACCCUUUUGAAGCAAACAGAUAACCAAUAGAUGAUUCACUGUUCCAGCUCUGAAUUUAGCUCUGAUCUGUGAUAUAAUCCACAUGAUACUAAAAAUAAACUAAAGCCUUGUUAUCCGCCUCUACAGUAAACAACUGUCAUAUGAAUACAGGAGGAUGAGAGCAGUCGCCAUCUAUUCUCUAAACUUUUGUUUAGGUUUGUUUCACUGUUAAAGAGUUUGAGUAAAACCACCUGCUUUGCUCAUCAUGAAAGCUAUUCAUGUCGACAGCUCUGAGUUUAGCAACCAAAGAGCGUUAUGUCUGCUCAGGAUCACAAAUCACAUCUGGACUUACCAUCUGAUAUUUCUGUGUUUUGUGAAAGACGGCUGGAAGACAUUAGAGGUAAUCCCCUCAGCCCGGCCUCUGACACCUCUCCACUUACUGACUGUGCCCCUUCACCCAUGACCCUGAGUGACCCUGCAGCUCACUCGUUUCUCCCUUCUCGCAGCACGUUGGCUGUGACCGUAUCCUCGGCUCGGACGUUCGCGAGGACCGCUGUCGGAUCUGCGGGGGUGACGGGAGCAGCUGUGUGUCUGUGGAGGGACUCUUCAAUGACUCGCUGCCAGAAGGAGGUACAGAACGAAAACACAAGCACCUUUUUGUUUCACAUUUGCUGCCACAGAGGUUUCUGCACAUAUAGAUAAAUAUUCUAGCUAUCCCUAUUUUGUUGACAGGGGGAUGAGGUGAUUUAAAGUAGAUUUGGAGCUGACUCUGCUCUCCUGAGAAUCAGAUUAGUUUAACAUGAGGCAUUUACCAUGAGGGGUUAUGUAACGUAAUUGUUCUGUAGUUUAAAAAUGUGCACAUGCAACUUUUGGAUUCUCACACUCUGGAUUGGAAAGCUGCCUCGCUAUGUGAGUUAGGAUACCCCAGACAUUUCAAAUAUAUUGAUAAUUGUCUGUUGACAUGCAAACAAGUUUCACAGCAGAAUUCUGUUAUAGCUUUUUUUUUUGCAAAAGCCAACACCAACACAGCCCCAAAUCUGCAAGAAAUGAUUUAUUCCAGCACCUGCUUUUCUUCUCUUCUUAUCGAUGAAGAUAAAUGAUGCUCAUUUACAGCAGUUAAGGGCUAAUGCAGCCAAUAUUUAAAGUCUGUUUCAGAGAUAGCAACAAAUCCUGAUGAGUUUUCCAAGCACUCAAAGGAGAUUUAUUUUUUAUUCCAGUCUACAAGAGAGGAAAAGAAACUAGACCUGAGGACCAGCCAUAAUUGAUAAUGUUGAACUUUAGUAAAUAUCCAUAUAUUUAUUGUUUAUUUAGAGCAAAAAAUAGUCAAUGUUGAUCACCGUCCCACUGGCCAGAACUACCAGCCUUUGGUCUCCUUUGCAAGAUAACACCCACAAAUGCCAUUUGCUAUCUGUGCUUGUUUUCAUCGGGUGGUAGAGCAUUACAGCAGUAACCGGCAACCAGAAUUACAGCCCCAGUUUGGACAAAGUAUAUGACCAGCAUUUCAGGCCUACAUUAAAAAGAUAUUUAAGUUGCUGAUGAUUCAGGUGUUGACUAAAAAGUCACAACUGUUUUAUUUUAAGUUGAUUUUCGGACUCUUUCAUGCCUCUACUUAGAGGACAGGACUGUUGAUAGAGAAGGAAACUAGGAUAGAGAGCAGGAAAUGACAUUUGGUAAAGAGCCACAGGUUGGAAUUGAACUCAGGCCGCCUGUUUUCAGGAUUAUAGCCUCUGUGCAUGGGGUGCAGAAUUUAACCACAAAGCCAAACCUGCAGCCCAUCGUCGCACGUUUCACCUUUUAGUCCAGUUUACCUGCAGGGUCCCAAUUUAAACUAUUGCAGAAAAGAUAUAUAAUUAAAGAGAUAAGCUAUUUAAACGGGCAAAAGAGGAAGAGUUAAACAUCAUCGAGGCUGAGCAGGGUCCAUGGAGUUGAUGCUCCACAUGAUCCAGGCUUCAGCACCCUUCUUGUAAGGGUAGUGCGGCAUAAAGGGGUUUCACACAUGCUUGAGACCAAACGAAGUUAGAGAAAUCAAUUCAUUAUGGGACACUCAUGGGAAAAGGAGUAGGGCCCAUAAUAGAUCCCUGAGGGACUCCACAAGUGUAAUUUUCUAAACAAAGGAAUAAAAGUACCAAGAGAGACAGAAAUAUACAUGAUCAGAUGACUGAAGACCUGUCCACCUCCUCUGUUUAGUUAUAAGUAGCAUGAUAUGCAUAAAGUCAAUACAUAAAUGAACAAACACAGACGACCAAGUCGACCGAAUACUGGUGAAGAUUCAGAUCAGCUGCUCCUUAGCCAGCCCAUAUUUUGAAGAAGGAAGAGGAAAAAUCUCUCAGCUAUUUGCAGUCAGAUAAAAAUAUGCAGACAUACAUACCAUACAGUGUAUAUACAUAUAUUUAUCCACCAACAACCCACGGACAUGUGGCAGAUAGAUUUAGCUGAGGUUCAACCAGUGUGGCUUGAGGUCCGCCUGCUUUUGAAACUAUUCUGAGGCACAUUUCUCCCCACAACACCAACUUAAGAGUUUCUCACCCAACUGUCAACACCACUCGCCCCCUUCUAGGAUUCCUCAGAGGGGACGCACCCUGAGCAGGCAGCUGUGCCGGGACCACAGUGACCGGGCCAGUCUGUCAACCAAGCUGAGCUCUUAACUACCCUUGAAAUAUCAGACAUUAGCGCUGGCUUAAGAAAACUCAUUAGUAAGGCUAAAGUCGUCUCGCAGUCAUUUAGUUGGGGGGGUUGUUUGAUGAUUUGGGGAUGGUAUCCAUGGCAAAGAGCACUAUGUUCGCAGACAUUGCAGGAAAUGCAAAGAAACCCAUUAUAAGAAUUGUCAAAAGCAAUGCAGAAGCAACAGUUGUGAUCAUUUGAGGAUAAAAUGUAUCAGAGCCACACAAGUUAUCGAAGAAAAAGAAUUUCAAUUGUCUGUCGUCUCAUUUUUCAUGUCCAAAAAGUCAUCUACUAGUUUUAAAAGAGUUGAAAAGUCUGAUGGCUUUGGGUACAAAAGAUUUGGCCGAAGAGCAGCUGCCAACAGUUGAAUAUCUCGAGAACACAACUUCUCCUUGACAGUUAUGUGUGAAGGGUUACACCAUCUCUGGUUGACAAAUAAAGCCAGACCUCCUUCUUUCCUCUUGCCACUAGCUUUACAGGAGACUGCACGCACGGUCUGCUUUCUCAGUCUUCACCGAUAUCUCCAGCUCAUCGCUUUUGUCGGGCAAAGAGUUCACCUUUGUACCACGGCAACCACGAUAACACCUCCUGAUGUCCUCUGGGAUUGGAUGUUGUUGUCCAGAUUUGCUUUGUCUUAAUGAAAGGAGCUCUUCUUUUGAGUAAACUCUUCGCCCAGCAGAAGUAUCCAUCAGCAGCCAACAGAAAAAUCUAGCAAAAAUCACAGAUAAUACAGAGAGACCAGACUUGCAGAAACCACUUGGUUCAAGCGCAUCAUUUUGCAUCAAUUUUUGCAGACUAGCUGAUACUAGCUUGAACUAGACCCCUUGGAUGAGCUGCAAUUCCAGCCUGCAGUGAGGGCAACACCAUUUGAUAGGUCUUUCGAAUAGUUUUGUCUCUCUAAGGGAAGCUUAUUUAGGUCACAGAAAAAUCAGACUCUCAGAAUCACUAAAUAAUGUCUUCAGAGAGAUUUUUGAUUUGUUUGAACCCUUCGAUCUUUUAGCCAGUGUUUCACCUCCCUGAUUUAAAUAAGCUAUGACACGAUGAAAUCUACAUUGUAAAAACAGACAUGGAUGACUAGUGGAGAGCAGUGGUUGAGGUUGCUGGGCUGCUUUAUUCUUGCUCUGUGCCCUCUGAUUGGACGCAGUGAUGUCCCUGUAAGUGUCUUUCCAUCUGUGGCUCUGGUUGGCUGUCAGGGGUUACUGAGAUGUCAGAGGUUUACGGCUCUUUUGCUCUGUGUUCACCCCUCAGGUCCUUUAUUGUUAACACAACAACACAAUUUUCUCGCUCUCUUGAUUUCUCCCUCUAUCUGUCACGGUGGCCAAAAACCCUCAAAGUCUGUCCCUCUAAUCUUCCACGCCUCCAUCUAGACGCUCCGAGCCAGGUCAGUCUCUCCUCUAAGAGCCGCACGCAGAGGUCAGGAGCCAAGCCUCUCCUUUCCUCUUGCGGUGAGAGCGCUGGAAGGAAUUGUUUCAUUCCUUCAUAUUUUUUCAAUUCCUUCUUCCUCUAGUGAGGCCGGAGUUAUUUCCAGGGCCGCAGUGGCUCGUCCGCUGGCAGGACAGCAGACCAGAGCUGAGUAAAAACAGAGCAAGGAAGAGGUGAGAUGAGCAUAAAAAGAAAAGGGAGGAACGGCCAAAACAGAAAGAGAGAGAGAGGGGAAGAGGAGUAGAGAAGCCGGCUCUUGGCCUACUUCUCGCUCUCUAGCAAAGAGUGGAGCAGGGCAGCUGAGCAGGGCUGCCCAGGAAUGCAGCUGGAAUCUGAAGCCUCUGCUUAGUCCAUCGACGUCCUACAGAGAUUAACACUACUCAUGCAUCAACCCCUCUGACCCCCUGACCCUAAACAAAUAAACCUUAACUAUUUUAACUUUGUCUCUUCUGUUUGUACCUCAGGUUAUGAAGAAGUCGUAAGAAUCCCUAAAGGCUCCGUUUUCAUCCACAUACAAGAACUCAACAUCUCCUUAAACUAUCUCGGUAAGGUGUUCUGUAUGAUUACAUUUACAUUUUCUGUUUCUGUAUCAAACAGAUUCUUCAAACCAAAUGUUCUUUUUUUUGUUGUUGUUUUUUUUUAAUAAUAGCUAGAUACCACUUUGAGUGUUCAGCAUCAGGCAGAAUGGUGCAAAUGGGUUAAUACUAGGGUUGUCCCGAUAAGAUACCGAUAUUGUAGCCUUCAGUAUUGUCCGAUACCGAUAUUGAUCCGAUGUUUGCACAAAUUUGUGCAUAAGUUUUGCACUCAGCUUCAAUGACUUUUUCGGACAUUAAUAUAUAUACAUCACUCCUACUCCUUGGUACUUUGUUUGUACCUCAGUACACACUGUUAUUGUGAUCACAUUGGCUCUACAUGCUGGAUCUGUAUGCUGCUGGAUAGAGGUGCUGGAGCGGAGUCUGGAAUGGACUGCUUGUAUCGGAGAUUUUAGAUGCAGGCCGGUAUAAUCCGAUAUUUGAUUUUUGUUGCUAUCGCACCGAUAUCCGAUAUCAAUAUCAAAUCAGGACACCCCUAGUUAAUACCAACAUAAAACAUCAUAUCAGUAUAAACUUUGGGCUUUUUCAUGAUCACAGGCCAGUCGUCGAUACUUCAUAUGAGAAGAAGGAGAUGUAUCACUCCAGCUGGGACCACUUUCAUCAAAGAGAAUUUAUUAUUUGCAUGCAAUAGUUUCAUUCUGCUGUACGGCUCAGUUCUGAGGGAUCCUGCCCCAAAGCCUGAGCCAGGGAGACCACACCUCCAAACCCAAGUCAAUACAGGGAGAGCAGCAGCAAAGCUCCCCCCGUCAACAGAGCAGAGCCGCCAUCGUAUGAGUCAGAUCAUGUCAUAUAAAAGAGGAGCUGGGGUGGAGGCGGGUUAUAAAGCAGUUGCAGAGGCUGCGGUAAGAGGAGGCAGAUUGAAAGGGUUUAAAUGGAACGCCUAUUUUGACAUCUGCACGCAUAGAAGAUGAUCAGCUGAGCUGUCGGCUGAUAUGGGCUGGGGUAAGAAUCAGCGAAUUAAUGGUGGGCUGAGUUUGACUUUCACGGCCGGUCUGAUCUUAGGUACACUCAAUUUUACUUUCAAGGGGAUCUAAAACAUGAAGUAGUGGAGUAAACUGUGUUGGACUAAUGCAGCACUUCUAAAUUAGAAAAUCUGAGGUUAAUCUGCUCUCUGCUAACAUUAGACCACUAUAGCAUAUGCUUUAAAGGAUAAUGCACAAGUAUAGCAAGUGAUUUAACUCAUCAAUGAUACAUUCACACAAUUUUAUAGCUUUAACAUGUAGGUCCAACAUUUUAAGGAACUAUCAAAAAGGCAUCACAUCUCAAAAAGCAGGUAUUGGACCAUCAUCAGCUGCUGGGUUGAGAUGAGAUGCAAAGGAAGAACCAAAGCUGCAGUUAAGCAGCUGGGUGUUGUCUGGAUAGAUGAACUUAAAUACUUUGAAGAACUUGAAAAGCAAGUGAAAUGUGACUGCCAUAGACAUAGCAUUUUCCCUUAUCUUGCUCCCUGUGAGCUUGUGGAUCAAUGCGUUCAUUCUUCCUUUCACUUUGCUGUCUAACUUAAGUGUUUUUCUCCUUCUGUCCUGUGUUCCAGUACUGAAGAGUAAAGGAGACCAGUACUUUAUAAACGGGAAGCUGACCAUUGACACGCCGCGUAGGUUCGACAUUGCCGGGACCACUUUCCACUACAGGCGGCCUACUGAUGGACCAGAAACUCUUGAAGCCCUGGGGCCGACGAAUAUGACCCUUAUUGUCAUGGUAGGAGCAUAAAGAUGCAGCGCAACAUUUCUUCAGCAUAAAUUUCCAAAACAUUUCACCGCCAUGUUACAUUUCAUGUUUGAAGGUGCUGGUGAGGGAGGAGAACCCAGGAAUCCACUAUCGCUUCAACCCCCCGCUGAACAGGGACCCUCAGAGCGGCUUUGCCUGGCACUACACAUCGUGGUCACGCUGCUCAGCUCUCUGUGCUGGAGGUACAACACACACACAACAUUGCUCAGUCCAAGCACUGUGUCUAUAAAUCUGGCUUCAAAUUUGGUUUGAUCCAUCUCAAAGGAUCCAAAACAACCACCAAAGAAAACAAAUGCAGCUCUCCUCUUUGUCUGUUUGUUUCACCCAUGUGCAGGUGUGCAGAUCCAGCAGGUGGUGUGUAAGAAACACGGAGAGCACUCGAUCAUCUACAACCACUUCUGUGACAAGAAGAACAAACCAAAAGAGAAAAGAAGAUCCUGCAACACUGAGCCGUGCUCCCCAACGUGAGUAAUAGAUGUCGAUUGUGCAUGUGUGUUUCUCCAGGUCAGCUUUAAUGUAAAUGUUUUCUAAAAUAGUCACUCAGUGUUUCCUCAUGUAGUGAAAUUGAAAAAACUGUCUUUAGCUGGUCGACGGGAGAGUGGUCGGAGUGCAGCCGCAGCUGUAACGGCGGCCUGCGCACACGAGAGGUUUUAUGUAAAAGAAGAAUCUCCCCGACCGAGGAGAAAGUGCUGGAUGACUCCGCCUGUUCCUCCCUGCGCCCGUCUCUUACCGAGCCCUGCAGCAACCACAGCUGCCCUCCUGAGUGGCUGGCCCUGGACUGGUCAGAGGUAGUUAGCAGUGUUUCCAUUAUGCAUGAACUCCUGCGAUUUUUAGUUGUAAACUCAAGGCUGAAUUUGAACCAUUUCAUGAGUUUUUCUGCAGAAUUCCUCUCAGAUGAAGAAAUAGUUUAUUUUCCACUCGAACCUCAGGAACAUACAGAUCUGCCAAGAGUAGUAACAGUACCUCAGUCAUGAAAUACAUAGUAGAGGCACAGGGAAGACAAAUACAUGGCCAUGAACACAAUGUUACAUUUGGGAGCACUUCAGGGAAUUCCCCAACCUACUUUAAUCUACCUACCCUAUGACCUUUAGCUGCAUGAGUCUGUCUUUUUGACAUGCAAAACUUGAUCUAGCGGACGUGAUUUGUUGACUUUUUUUAUGUGUCCCAACAAAAAUAUGCCUGAGAAGUCCAAAGUCCAAAAGAUCCAUCUCUGUCCUGAAGCUUAACUUUUUUUAAAGCUCACACUAACCUGAAAGAAGUUACAAUGGGGCAAUUUUUCCUUCUCUCAAUUUUAGGAGCUUUUGAGAAUUAGUCAUGCAGUUGGUUUCUUAUGCAGCUGCUGCCCUCUGCUGAGCAUAGUGUGUAACAUCCUUUUUGCUCAAUCAUGACCGCAGUAACCCCCUGCUGCACCCUCCUUUCUUAUUUCUUCCCCUUUUUUCUCUGUUCUUUCCAUCUCCUGCUCCGUCUUCAGUGUACGCCCAGCUGUGGUCCUGGUUACAGGCACCGUGUGGUCUUGUGUAAGAGCGGGGAGAGCGGGGAGACACUGCCAGAGUCCAAGUGCUCCAAACAAGGCCGGCCCACCUCCAGGGUGCGCUGCAACUUGCAGCGUUGCCCUCCCCCUCAGUGGGUGACAGGUCCGUGGGGAGAGGUGAGCCAUGGUUUUGGUUUAUGGAGGUAGUGAAGUAUUUUCUGUAAGGCAGAGUAUAAGAUUUUUUUUCAAUCAAUCAAUCAAUCAGUCUUUAUUUAUAUCGCACUUUUCAUACACAACCAUGUAGCACAAAGUGGUUUACACAGAAAAAGGAAUGAAAGAAAUACCCAAAACUACCCCAGCCCAACCACUCAUUCCCACCCCACGAUCUAAUUGCAUCAGAAACAGUAUUAAAAUGCAUAAACUUAAAAAGGGCUUGAUUUCGUGGAAACAGGAAUGUGCUCACUGAGGAAACGUUGUUUUAAAACUCAAGAUAAGGAAACACUGAAGGUUUAGGUUAAAAUCUAAAAACAAAGAAACACAAAAUAAAAUUUAAGAAAUAAUAAAUAAAAUGAUAUAAAAACAACAGUUAAAGAUACUAAAAUAAGAACACCAAAAUAGCUCAAUAAAAGACGAUCCUGUCAUUAAAACUAGAGCAGAUAAAUGCUAAAACACAUCAACAAAGUUAAUGAUGUAAAAUUUAGUUAAAAGCAAGACUAAAAAAGUAUGAAUAAUUUCUUAAAAUCAUUUUUUAAUCAUUUACUUUUAUUUUGCAUGCAAAGAAAAAAUAAAUAAAAUGGUACUCCUACUCUUCCAUACAUUUGAACUUAAAUAAAACACCCAGAACAGAAAUAAAAAAAUAUAUAUAUAUAUAUACAUAAAUAAAUGAGUACAGAAUCAGACAAUUACAUUAAUGAGGAGAAAGAAAGAAAGAAAGAAAGAAAGAAAGAAAGAAAGAAAGAAAGAAAGAAAGAAAGAAAGAAAGAAAGAAAGAAAGAAAGAAAGAAAGAAAGAAAGAAAGAAAGAAAGAAAGAAAGAAAGAAGCAGCAACAAUGAUAUCAAUAAACUCUAUCCAAAUGUGUACACAUAAAGGCUAUAUAUAUGAACAUAUUCAUACACAUGCAUACACAAAUAAUGCACAAAUAAUCAUCUGUCCCUCUUAAAGAAAUUCUCCAAUUUUGGAAAUAACGGAGACCAAAAAUCUUGAAAGAUGUGACCACAAUUGUAUUUUUCCAAAGUCAAUUUUUCCUGUGGUUAAAACUCUUCCUGUUCUGUAUCCCUUGGGAAUAAUGGGGAGGAUAGGAAAUUAUGUGGUUUUAAAAAAAGAGGGACACUUUCUUUGGUUGUUAUAUCAUUGUGAAAUAAAAAAGAUGUUUAAAACAAUAAUAGUGAAACACCCAGUUCAAAUAUUUGGACGUGUGUGUGUCUGCGUUUCAGUGUUCUGCCAAGUGUGGUCUGGGUCAGCAGAUGCGGUCUGUGCAGUGUCUGACCCACAUCGGCCAGCCGUCCAAUGAGUGUCUGGAACAUCAGCGGCCAGCAGCCAUGCAGCAGUGCAAGAGCAAAUGUGACCUCAGUCUGCCUAUCAAUAUAGACAACCCUGAAGGUCAGAGGUCAAAGUUCACACGUAAUGCUCCUGUUUCAUUGUUGUUUUUAUAGACAGACAGUUUCAUCAAGAUUUCUUUAUUUGAUUUCAAUUUUUUUUGUAAGCAUUUGGGAUUUAUAUGCAAAUUUAGUGAGCUGAAUACAGUUAAAUUAUGAAGUUGGCUUUUCUCUAUCUUUUAAUCUGUUAAACCUAAAAUACAUCUCAGUGAUCUCAUGUUUCUCAAGUUUCAAAAUCACAGUGGUUUGUAUUGGAAAACUUGGACAUUGUAUCCUGAAUAUCGACUUACCAGUCUUUGAAAAAAGCUAUACAGUAGUUUUACACCGGAAUAUCCCUUUAAUUUAGGGGCAUGGUUAAAAUCUGAUGCAUGUGUAUUACUGGGAAAUAAUUAUUUCCCCAGUGUUAUGGUGUGUUUGACCCUUAAUUCAUUUUACACCGGAAUAUCCCUUUAAAACCUACUUUUUGAUGACAGUAAAAGGUUAUAGAGAUCUUAUUUUUUUGCUGUUAUAAGUGAGUUUUAAAAUAAUGUGCUGCAAAUUGAACGCAGUAAUUCAGCUGAUUUUUGUGUGUCUCCCUGCAGAGUGUAAAGAUGUGAACACUGUGGCCUACUGCCCCAUGGUGCUCAGGUUCAAGUUCUGCAGCCGUCCAUAUUUCAGGCAAAUGUGCUGCAAGACCUGCCAGGGACACUGACCACAUGGACACUAUGAAAACUCACAAUCUGCCUCUCUGGGUCAUGUCCACACUCACAGUAAGCCUGAAAAAAACCCUCCCACUGAGCCUUUUACAGCAGCCCUAACACUGCCUCUGUCAGGGGAGUGUGUGAAAAUUGAACUGGGACGCUGUAGGACUGACACCUAGUCCUGUUACUGGACUUCUUUCCAGCCUGAACCCGUCUCCUCUUCGGGUGGAGCUGAGUUUUUACAUUCCACUGGAGGGGAGGGCUGCUGAAACCUGGAGAGUCGUCAUUUUUUUUUUAUAUUAUGGAUGAACUCUCUCUCUCUCUUUGUCUUGAUCCCUCGUUGUAAUAUUUUGGUGCUACUAUACUUCUGUUUGGCUGCAGGGCUGGUCGCAGUACUCUCUUAAACCUGUACGAUAACAGGUGAUAUUUGUUCAGUUAUAAAUUUAAGAAAUCCACUUAAAGAAAUGAUUUUCCAGAUAUCUUCGUCCAUGAAAAGGAAUAUCAUAUCUUAUAAGAGAAAGACUUGUUUUUAUUCUAUCUAAUACUUGUUACUUGACCACAUUGUUUUAUGCCGUGUUUCGUAUCAAACGUAUUCUCGAGUCCUCGCUGUUACUUAGCUGAAGUAUGAGCAGAUGUUUGAAUUGCACAAAAGUGUCAGCAGUCAGAGGACUUGUGUAUUUUAUGUUUCUUUUGAUGUGAUUUGACUUGAUUUCUCUGUGGAAACUAUAAAUGAGUCACUGCAGUGAACCUGCCAUGUUCUUGCCAUUUUGGUUAGUUUAGCUUUACAGUAAGAGGACACAUGGAAACAGUCUGAGUGUGCAGAGACGGCGCGAACUCACAGGGACAUUUUCAGAUUAUAGGAUGGUUGUUUUUGGCUGCCGAUUGUUGCAGCUUUUGUGGAAAAUCUUGAAAAAAAAACACUAAAAUGCCUGGUAACUUAGUGCCCCUCAAGGUUCCUACAAAUUGCCGAGGGUGUUUCUGUUCAAUUGCAUCCGUACCACAAACAGAAAUGAAGUGUUGUAAACCAGCUGGAGACUGAUGCAGCAAUGCCAAACAAACAGUGGAUUUGCAUCAUGGGUCAGAGAGCAAUCACCUGCUCAUUUUUGGGGUUAUUUUCAAAGCUGUCAUUAAUCAAGGAUGGUGCUUUCAUGGGCUGUUUUGGCUUUGCUGCUAGGCUGGUCAAAUACAUUAAAGAAGGGAGAACUCAAGUCCCUCUAAACAUUAAUUUUACAACUACAACCUUCACUGGUCCAGUAAGCAAACAUAAGAUACAGAGUCCUUUAGCUGUUCUCUGAACUGUGGAAAGUUCUUCCCGUCCAAAAUCCCUGAGUCAGUUUCAAAAAAUCCCUCGGCAUCAGGCUUUGCUGUGCUUUUGUACUCUUUUUUUUUUUUCUUUUCAGUUUGUUUUCGCCAUAUGUUUCCACUUAUUUGACAGUACUGGUAUUUUUUUUUACUGUGAGUGUAAAUUCAGAGCACAGUGAGACAGUAAGCCCCGCCAGCAGGAACAGACCCAGUGAGGAGAAGAAGGAGCAGGAGGGGGAGUGGGGACCUUUGACCGCUCUGCUUUUUAUAGCAGGAGUGAUAAUCUGAGGAUGGAUUUACACGCCUAUAAAAUAUCUGGUAUCUUUGUGGCACAGAUAUGACGUGUUUUUGCAGCCAGAAACCAUUUGCUGUGAAAAGAUUCUGUGACAAACUUAAAGAGAUACUUUUUCUGUGCGCAAACAAGCCUGACAGGACUUCCAGGUUAUUAAAAGUCUGCUUUUUCCAGACACGAUGGUGGCUGUAGCCCACUGAUGUCAAAACCUGCAUGGUCAAUAGUCGUUACAGUAACAGCAGCUGUUGUGUACAGACAAUUAAACCUCAAAAACAAGUGCAAUUAGGAAAAAAAGAAACAAUCAAACUCUGAAAUCAUCCAUUCAGAUUGAUUGAUUGAUUAUGAUUGAUUACUGACUAUUCCAGGAGCCAUAUUUCCCGAAAAAAUACACAUCACAUGUAAGUCAGUUUUUAAGAUUUAUUCUUAAAUCUGAAAAAAAAAUCAAUUUGUGAACAUAUAAAUAGAUUUAAAAAUUGUAAAACAAAAAAUCCCGAUACUUAUUGAACCUAUUUUUUCUCCCACCUCUAGUAUCUAGUAUUCACUCUUAUUUCAACUCUACUUUCGUCUCCACUGACCGUGACUCUUUAGCAGGCGGAUGUUCUGCUACAGCCCCUGAACUGUCCUAAAACUGCUUGGCAUUGAGCAGGCAGCAAAAAGUGACUUUUGAGAACUUUCCCAUCAAAAAAAAGGAACAAAAAAAGGUUUUAGCCACUUAUUAGCAUAGAGGAUGGAGCUAAAUCUUCAAAAAUAGAAAACGAGAAGCAAAAGGACUGAGGUUAAAAAAAAUUCCUAAACAGAUGAUGUCAAGCGCUCCAUGAAUGCAGACCUAGAGGACUUUUCUCCCUUUUAAGGACAGUGAUUUGAUUCCAUGUGUCACUCCAUUGGAUGAGUCACACACUAUAGGUUUUGUCAAUGAAAUUUCCUGACCCCGUUUUUUCUUGAUGCUGUUUCAGCUGUUUCUCCAUCCUGCAGAGACACUUUUAAACAUGCUGCCUCAGAGGCUCUCAGCUCAGUCAUCGCUGUGACGUCCGCUGUGCUCUGAACUCUCUACUGACUGGUCUCUUUGUCAUAAAUGUUCACACUGAUCACUGCUGACAGCAGCUUUGUGUAACACCACAUGUCACAUUCUUUUGUGUAAGCAGAGGAAGCUACAGCGUGUCUUAGCGUCUUUCUGAGGAUUAGCUGCAGUGUUGUUCCUUUAUUUGUUUCUUUUGGUGCUUUGGUUUGUAUUGGUGCUAAUAGUUCACUGUUGUUGUCAUUGUUCUUGGUUUAUCAUUUAACAUCUUUUGUUUGUUUGUUUGUUUGUUUGUUUGUUUGUUCUUAACUAUUUAGGAUUCAGUAGGAGCCUUUUGUUAUCAUAUUGGUCUAAAGGGCUCAAUAGCCAGACCCUUCACUCACCAGCAGGGGCCCUCAUUGGAUUCAGUUUCAUCAUACAGUCAGCUUUUCUCUCUCCCUGAGUUCAUUUUUGCCCCCAAAAUUCAGUAUUUGUGAACAGGAUAGCAUCACAGUAAUUCAGCAUUCCUGGGCUCUUUUAACAGAUGUGGUUUGGUCAUUUAUCUUUUCGUUGUCUGAAGCAUUUUAAGUCUGGGAUUAAAUUGGGAUUCCCUUUUUUUUCUGUUGAGAAAAACAGAGUUAUAUUAGCCGGCACCAGCGUUUGGUAUCUGGUUACUGCUGUUUUUUUUGUGCCCCUAUGGUCUUAAGUUUAAACAUAGACUGUAUAUACUAUGGACAACUUGGUUCUGCCUUCCGCCAGUAUACAGAUUUGAAGCUGAAAAGCUCUCAGUAAUUCCCCGUUUUUUAUCCACUUCCUGGAACCAACAUUGCGCAGUAGCUUUGUACGCAUUCUGUGGGAGAAUCGCUGUGAUGACGCUCGGCUCAAACAGCGUGUCUUCAUACGCCCAUAGGCUGUAUCAAGUGUCAAUCAUAGAAAACAUGAACCCCCUAAUAACUUUUAAAAUCGGAGCUGUACAGAAAAAAAUGACUUGAGCACAAACUAGUCUUACUGUAACUACAUGUCAACAUCGCAAACAAGGAGGAGAAACAUUUAUAUUCUGUGUAAUUAGUUUCUAAAGUUUGUCAACAACUCCAUAAGGAUUGCUGGAGGAGGCGGGAUUUAUGACCUAUACUGCAGCCUGUCACCAGAGGGUGCUGUUUUGUCCAUUCUAUAUACAGUCUAUGAAUUUAAAUCAAAAUAAACUUAGUUAUUCAAUUUUUGGUAAAAUUAGUUUUUUUUUGUCAAAUUAGGGCUACUGGAGAAAAAAUUGUAAAAAUGAUAAGGUUUAUCUUCUUUCAAAUGGUGGUUCAUUUUUGACCCUCAAGACAACACACACACAAAAACUAAGCUUUGGAAACACAUUUUAAAAUUUCUGCCAAAUCUUUCAGCUCGUACUCAUGUCUACGAUCAGAAUUAUCUCAUAUUAUUCACACCAGCCGCUGUUUUAAUAUAGAUUGCAGUUGUGUUGCAUCGGACUGAGCUCAUUGUUACCAAACAUUUACCAGGACUGUUUUGAUGGAAAAAAAAUCAUUGUCACAUUUUCAGUUGCACAUUAUGUUUGCCAGAUUAUAUCCUGUUAUAUUGUCAAUAAUAAGGUGUAUCUUUAUGUUUCUGUGCCUAUAUCAAAGGUUCACACUGAGGAGUGAGCCGGUUUUAUCGGAGUAAAUAAGAGGGACAGUAUCUGUAAUGUUUGUUUUUCACAUGCUAAUUAUAACGUGACAUGUACUGUAUGUUGUUUUAUUCUAUAGGAGAUAAAUCCCC